AUGACAUUUGUGAUGAAUGAACCAACACUAUUAGAAGGUAGAGGUGGAACAUCCAGUAAUGUUGCUUGAACUGCAUUUCAUGCACAUACAAAUAUAAACAUGAUUCCCCGGUGUAUUCACGUUUACUCAAUAUUUUUUGUAGGUAUUUCAACGACCCCCGCUAGUGCUACUUUGCAACCACCAGUGCAAUCACCAGGUAGGUUAAGAAGCUGUAACCCUCUUAGUAUUUUGUAUCAUUUGGAAAACACGUCCAACAAAAGAAUUUUUAUCUACGAAACCUACUGAUUCAGUUAUGACCACCCCUUUAAACCCAUAAUGACGAACAUCCGUCAUGAUAUGAGUAGCAUGAUUAGCCAAAGAGGUUUUGAUUGUUAAACAAUUUCUCCUUGUCUGAUCAUAGUACCGUAGGAAAUAUCAAGAAAGUAGUAAAGGCAUAGGUAAAGAUCAAGGUCCUUAUUUUACGUCGGUAACUCGCAAAAAUACCUAUACUGACAAACCUGAGGCUGACAGUGCGAAAAUUACUGCUAUAUGACAGCAUUUUAAAACUUCAAGAGUUGACCCUGUCAUGUUUAAGAAGCGCAGAUUGACGAUAAUUUUUGGUAUUUCAAGUCACCUUAUCUUUUCUUGUUUCAUAAGACUCACUUGCCUAUUUUUGUUCGCUGGUAGAAGUUAUUAUACAGCCUCGACUAACAAAUUGUCACUUUCGCGGCGGACUAAUGUUCCCCCAUUUUGGUGGUCUUGUUGACUAUUGAACUGUCUUUUCUACACUUAUCCAAUUCAUCCAUGAGCUGGCUCACAGGAGCCUUUAAUUGUUUCAAAUUUCACUCUAAUGGGAGGAGUGUUGCGUGACGGCACAAAGAUAUACGCACAAAGGUGACGGUUGAAUAUUAGCAAUGUAUAAACUGUUUAAAUUGUAUUGUAUUGGGCGAGCGGACAACAGGUUUCACCCAAGGUUAGACUCUGCCAUAAACCAAGAAGUGGGGGCUCGACUUGGACGAUCUCACAAAAAAAAACUAGGGAACUGUGAAGAGUAUAUACUCGUGUUUGCUUUAAUUGACCUUCUUUUUUUUAGGGCCUGUCUUCUCCGACCCAGAUACCUUAAAAAGAGCAUUCAAAGCCUGGCCAGCGUCUCACUCAGUUAAGCUUAAAUGUAACGCGGAGGGGACACCACCACUUAAAUACACCUGGCUAAAAGACGGAACGCCUUUGAAAGGGAGACGACUGGACCCAUACCUUAACACCUCAGUUUGGUACCUUAAACUGAAAGAUCUGGUACCUAAAGAUGCUGGACGAUACACUUGUAUAGUAUCUAAUCGAUAUGGCAGCAUAAAUCAUACUUACACGGUCAGAGUUCUAGGUAAGAACACGGCUGCAUAUCUUCGGUUCCAUUGUAGACUCGUAGUUUUUUAGACUCUCAACGGACAGCCGAUUUUUGAGACAGUUUAACCCAUUCACCCCUGAACCGCCCAUAACCGCCCGUGUGGAUUCAGGUCCUUUCUACCCUUUGUGACGUCAUCAGUUUUAACGGUCAAGGAAAACUUUCUUCGCUAACUUGUGUAGAGUGAAGAGAUCUUUCAAACCAUACCAGAAUGAGCACAAUUCAGUCAAGGACACCGGAGAAAGAAGCAAAAAACCACGUGACAAGGACCUGAAAAUCUCCAUGAAAAUCUUGUUCCAUUACCCACCUACCUUUCCUUUCACCUAAUCCUAAGAUCCUAAAAGCUUUCCUAAAAACUCUUCCCACCAAAAUGAAGCCUACUAAAUGCCCAGCAAGAGAAAAAAAAAUGAGGCAAGAAAAGCGAAAAAAGAAGGGAGGAGAGAAAGCGAAAAGUAAAAGUCAAGACUGCUGUGUCACUUUUAAACCCAAAAACGAAAUUUUGCUUUCUGCGCAUGCCCCAACUUCGCAAGCUGAUAUUUUGCAUCUGGAUCAGAAGGCCGCCAAGUGUACGACCUGUAAACCGGUUUGUGGUAAGUUUUAGCUCUUUAUAGUACGACAGUGACCAGAAAACCACUCGACUAGCUUCAAAACGCGUUUUUCGGCAAAAUCUCCAGGAGCGAAUGGGUUAAUGCCCAUUCAUAACAAACUUGAUAUCCCAUAUUAACAACUAUAAACGCACUGAGAAAAGGUUGUACUCGGUGUAAAGAGUUUUAUAGCAUUCACCUCAUGGCAAGGCCAACACAACAGAGACAGCUGUAGAAAAAGUAGAAUAUAGACCCCUAAGUCCACUUCUCUUUUCGAACAAAAGUGUAGGUAUUUUACGCCUCCUUCAAAUUGUAAAGGAGUGAUGAAAGAGACAGGGCCAACAGCUUAUCGUCACUGACCAGCGACGUGAUCUUCUGACCACAGCCUCUCCGAUCUUAUUAGACCCUUACUGGGGGUCUUGCCGGGGUUCUAACCCGUGACCUUACCCAAAGUAAACCGGUGCUCAUCCAACUGAGCAAAAAGGCGGCUAACCUCCAGGGGAGACUUCCAUAUGUAAGUGACAGGGAUGUUCGUCGGAAAAUUAAAAUUAAACCCCUAAGAGAGACCAAUGUGGGUGUGGCUCAAGCUUAAACCGACCCCUAAAGGAGACAACACGCAAACAGACAUAAGAGCUAGAGUGUGUCGUGUUCUUUUUUAAGCGUUAGAUUUCUGUGCGUUCAGUGUCAAGGCGUUUUUUUAAAUUUCUUUAUGCACAGCCCUAAGCGAUACCGGAAUGGGCAAAUAUGGUGACUUUCCGUCCGAAGCAUCCGAAGUGAGACCGAAAUCUGCAAUGUACACCCCUAAAAGAGACGACGAGCACCCCCGUCACUUUUAUAUGGGAACCCCUCCGGGGCUAAACCCCAAACAUUGAUUCCGUUUGACAGGUUCUCUCGAUCAAUAAGACAGUGCAGUUUUCAGCGAACGCCUUAUCUUGUUGAAAAGAUGCGAACCGUUUGACUAUGCAUGGCCUCUACAUCUCUCAAACUGACUCCAUAAAAGUUGAAGGACGGUUGAGGCCUGGCGUUUAACCGGGUGUUAAAGUCGUGACGUGGAAAAGGUUCACGGUUAUUCCUUAAAAGCGAAUUACAAAAUGAUCGUACAGUACCAUGUAAAAUAAUCUUACUUGUUUCUCUGGGCCAAUUUGGCUAUUUCCCGUCUAAGUUCUCCGUUACAAUACGACUAUUUCACGCGACCAUCUCAGCUGUUUUAAAAGACUUAUGUAUAUUUUAACGAAUUUCUUUGAUCGUUUUUUUAACAGCCAAACCACGAACUCGACCUAUCCUGCGAAAGGAUCUUCCAGAGAACACGACUGUAGAGAUACGGAAAAAUGCUACGAUGAAAUGCCGUGUCGUGGUCAGUGGGACGCUUCCAGAUUUUAGGUGGCUAAAAUGGGACAAAUCUGUCACAUUUGUGUCAAAGAUAGAAGACAACUUAGAAAAUGGGUCAUUUAAACUUAUAGAUCCACGAUAUUAUCUUCCUUUGCAAUGGGGGAGCGAAUAUGGUAGUGAGUUGACAAUUAUCAAUGUCACUGAGGACGAUUUUGGACUGUACACUUGUUAUGCGAGUAAUCACAUUGGAGCGGAAUAUAACAGCGCAUUCCUCAGCAGAUACGUGAGGCCCACUACUCCUUCUAAACGAGGUAAGAAGUUGUAAGUUGUGUAUAAAACCAGAAUGUUAACCGUGAGUUUUAAUUUUACAAGCAUUUAUCCAACCUGUGUUUACCACAACACGCAAUUAGUAUGGCUCGAGUUAUGAUCUGAGCUGUCGGAAUUACAUGUACAUAGAAAAUAUUACAGAGCACGUCGUCUGGUUCGGUGGGAAGCGAUGCAGUUUUGCCCCUCACACCAGAGGCAUGUUCAGUUUGUAACAGUAAGGUAAAUGUUUCCCAAUUUCCCUUAGUACUCACUCUGGAGAGAUAAAGCGCUUACUAUAAUGAGCGGACGUCUGGGUUUUACCCCACGUUACACUCGGCCAAGUUAAAACAAGAAUGCACUACAACGUGACAUUGACGAUCUUAAGGAAAAUUAGGUGUCUACAGCUCUUCUAUUUUAGGAAAACCAUUCUUCUCUGAAGCUUUAAAAAGAGCAUUUAGAACCUAUAAACUCAUACUCAGUUAAGCGUAAGUGUAAGGCAGAGGGGACACCACCUUUUAAAAGAUUUUGGAAAGAGACAACUGGAAGAGUACCUCAACACCUCAGUUUGGUAAUAAAGUACCUAAAGAUGCCGGAGAAUCACACUUGUAUGAUAUCUAAUCGAAAUGGCAGCAUAAAUCACUCUUAGGCUCGGUUCAAACGUCGAAUUUCACAUGUGCCGAACUUAACGCGAGAGUUAAAUGCAUGUGAAGUGCGACGUCUGAAUCAAUUAAAUUCGACUGUUUAAAUUAAAUGCGACGUUUGCCGUAUCUGCGACUGAAAAAGUCGAAGAUUCGACUUAGGUUCGACUUUUGAUUCAAACGUCGCAUUUCACAUGUGCCGAACUUAAUGAAUGAAUUUUAGUAAAUUAUUAUUAUAUUACUGAGAAUAUUGACAGCGAAGAGAGUUAAAUUCGACAGAGUUCAGUGAGAUAAAUUCGACGUUUGAAUCAAAUGCCGUAUUUAACUAUUUUAGUCGACUAAAAUAGCAAUUAAAUUCGGCACAUGUGAAAUUCGACGUUUGAACUGGGCCUUACACGGUUAGAAUUCAUAAUCAUGGUCAGAAGCACAGUCGCAUAUCUUCAACUCCUUACUAGGAUUGUAUUUCUUUCUUUGUUUGUUAUUUAUUAUUCACCAGUCAGCAUUUUAGACGACAGCCGAUUUUGAGACAGUUUGACACCGAGUCACAACAAAUUUGAUACUUCAUACACUGAGGAGAGGCCAGUUUUGAAGUAUAACUGGAGUUUACUUUUUGCUUUUGCUAUUUCUUUCAACCUCUGAAAAGUUAAGUAGGCUACGGGUUCCCUCCUUUUUGACAGUUUUAACUUAAAAAAAAAAAAAAAAAAACAAACCAAAAAAAAAAAAAAAUUAACAACAACAACAAAAAAGCAAGCCAAAGCCAUAACAGCACUUUUGUAGAGUUGGAUUAUACAAUGAAUGCUUGACUUAAAAUAACUAUUAUUUCGUCAUGCAUUAGCAGUUACUAUGGCUGCCUAUCUAAAGGAUUAUAUGGACCUACUUUUUAGCUUCCAGCACUGAUAACUAGAAAACUAAGCAGGUGACCCCUACUUUUUGGGGGCGACAACUUUUGGCAUUAGAAAAGCAAAACGCGCAAAAAAAAAAAAAAAAAAAAGAGUAGACUUUUUGCGAAAGGGGAAAAUAGGACAAUUUUUUAUUCAGUAGAAAUUUCCUUCUGUAGAAUUUUUUCAUUUUUUCUCUUGCGGCUCUUUUCAACUCUAACAAAAUAUUAAGGCAAUAUAGAAAAAUAGGGGGUCACCGGACUUGUUUUCUUGUAAAAUACUUCGAGAUUUCACAAAUUCCCAAGUGUGUUCUCGUGGUCGUAAAAUCAUGCACUGUUUUGACUACCGCUGACUACUGCGUGUAUACUUACAGGCAUCAAUCGAGUCAGGGGGUUUACAGUCUUUGCAGAGAAGAGAAACAAAAUUACACGCGUCCAAUUUACGUAUUGUUACUAUGUUUUUCUGUUCAGUGUAACGUUUGGUAACAUGAAACAUCGCCUUCUGGACUCACUUUUCAACAUCAAGAGACAAAACGAAGUGACAAAGACAAAAUUGUUUGCUGAAGACUGUCGGGAAAAUCGACUUAAAGUUUUUAAUUUUCUUUGUUGAUCUUGUAAGGACGCUACACAGUAGCUUUGGGGUAAACAUGAUCCAAACGACGAAAUGUAGCCAAGAAGAUAAAGUGUGGUUAAUUGUGGUAGAAUUCUAGUUUAUUAUUUUUGUUGUUGUGCUAGUACUUAGUGCACAAAAAAUUGCAAGUAUUCCUUUGAGUUACGCAUUGAGCGGAGAAAUUAGGAUUUUACAGUGUAUAUAGAGUUUUAUAAAAAAACCAAGGUUAAAAUUCGAUUCUGAUUGGUCGAGACCAGUUCAUUAUAUCUCCAUAAAGCUCGCAGCACACGUCACGCGUGCAUUAUAGUGCAACAUAUGCACGCAAGCUACGUCAUACUCUCUGCCAAACACAGAAAUUUAUAUUUUUUUGCCUGUCCGCCCUAAUGGCUGAAGAUCUUCUGUGCUUUGACCUUGGCUUUCAGUUUCUAAAUGUUGAAAAAGACGAAAAGAGUGAUUGCCAGUGGGAUAAAAUUUCAACUGAAAAAACAUUGCGAGGUUUAUACACCUUAGUGAACAAGACAGAAAUCAACUUUUGGCAGACGCAGAGGCGAAAGCCACAAAAAAGUUCAACAACUUGGGCUGUAAAAGUUUUUAAAGGUAUGAAAGGACGUAGAAAAAAAAUUACUUCGUUACUAACGAGAGAAAUCACAGCGAACUGAAAUAGCUAGAGUUCGUUUAGUUAAAAAUACAGAACAACUUAGCCUUCAGCACUACAAUUCUCGAGCUUCGUCCUCGCAGCUCAGAAAAUGCAGUGAUGUGUUGUCCUCUGCUCUACAAGUUGCCAAUCAGAGUUCUCAAAAUUCUCCGCAACUGCUCAGGUGCGAAACGUCUACUUCAGUGGUCGACGAACACAGACAUUCAGCAACAACAACUUCUGCCACGAUGGUCCACAACGGAACGCUCGAUGGCAUGUUCAACAAUUGCAACAUCCAGUCGCUUUCGUUGCAAAUAAACAAUUAUCUGCCUUCCAGCAGUCGCUAAGGUGGUGUACUGUUUUUUUUUUUUCUGAACUUACUUGCGAAACUGUUUCGUAAAGAGUUGCACGGACAUUUUGCAGAUCUGUAAUGAUUUUAAAAGUAGUUCGCAAAACGGGCGGCGUUUUCGGUCCACGGGUCAUUCGUCCAUUUAACUUUCAAUAAUAAUGGAUAAACAGGUUUCAUAAUUGUUUUACCGUUUUCCCCUGUAAACAAAAAUGAGACUGAAUAACACACAGCUCUUAUUUGCUACAAUCAAUAUUAAAACGGUUAUCGAACCAUGGAAAUUUUAGUUAUUCGCGGGAAAACCGUUUCCGCAGUCAUCUGUUAACUACCGAUGACGUGAAUUUAGAAAAAAAAUUCAAAAUUGAAUGUUGCGAUCAAUUUUCAAUUUUUGUUUUCGGACGAAGAAUUGAUCAAUCGAUCACGCUCCAAGUGACAAAAGUACCAAGAGGGGAGGAGCCAAGUGCAGAAAUGCUCAGGGGGGAGGGGGAAGGGGUAAGUGACUGAAGGGGGAAGGAAGGAGGAAGGGGGGCUUUUUACUACUUAGCGCCUUUAACUGGGUGGGAAGGAAGAAGCCUUGUACUUGCGCGCCAUAGUUUCUAGGAAUGAGCUUCAGGAAAGAAGCGGGAAGUUCGAUCAACGUUGGAGCUGUUUUCAGCCCAAACAUGGACGACGUAAGCAUCGAGUUCAAGAUUCUGUUGCUACGCAGGGGAAAAAACAUUCACAAUUCAGUUUGUUUCUACAAGAAUCGUAUCCUAGAAAGAAAGGCUUUAGUUCGCGGUCCGUAACAAGGUUUUGCUUCAGGUUGAAGAAUGGGAUACGAAGAAGCGCUGGAGCCCUGUCGGAAGGAAAUUGUCGCUCGGCUGGGUCUUUUUGUUUGAAUUUUUCUCGCUCUUUGUAGUUUUUUGUUUUCUGCAGAUUAGUCUUCAUUGCCUAUAGCUGUUCACUUUGUUAUAGCAUGCAUCAACCUUUCAAGCGUAGGGGGAGAAAAGGGAGGAAGUCAGGAGAGAGGGUGAUUAGGAUAAUGAAAGAAAGCUGAUCGUUUUUACGACUGAAGGCAGGAAAACAAUUUUCUUGAGGCCAGAAUAACCCUUAGCAGUCUUGAAAAAAGAAUGCAGUCUUAAAAAAUUCUUACAAGAUCCACUUAAGAAAGCUACUCUUAAGGGUAAAUAUCGAAUAUCGGGGCGGGGGUGGGUCACACAAGGAAAGUUUGGGCAGAGGUGUGCUGCCGAUCGAAGUUUUCAAACCCUAAACUCUGUUUAAGACAAAAAUCGUUCAUUUCGCUACCCAUUUAAGACAAGCAAGACAAGAGACCUUGGACCCUGUUUCAUUUCGUUUCGCACACAGAGUUAAGUGACUUUUUAAACCUAAAUAAUUAUAAUGUUGGUACAGUCAAACCCCGCCGGACGCCCGCUAAUACAAACACCUCAUUAUUACGAACAGUCCUGAGGAAAGAAAGGCCUAAAUCACACUCUCUUUAAAUUCAACCUGCAUAAUAUGGACAAUAAUUAAGUCCGUAAUUAAUACGGACACUUUCUAUGCCCCCCUCAGUGUCCGUAAUAACCGGGUUUGACUGUACCACACAUUUAGACCGCUCAUCGCCAACCUCCACACUCUUUUCAAGGCUACCGGUCCAAAAAGACACCCUGUCCAAGGCCGCGCGCUAAAUAGUGACAUUAUAUACCCUGUUAAAGACUCAAGACCCAGAAACCCACAUCCUGUGCGUACCCCACUAGGCCAAAUAAGCCCUGGAAAUGAUGAUAACAUGGACAAGUACAAGGCCCUUUCCUCCCGGCUUCAGUCCCUCCCCCUCCCUCCCAUCCCCUCCUGGGUACUUUUGCACUUGGGCCCUCUCCUCUAGGUACUUUUGUCACUUGGAGCGUGAUCGAUUGAUCAAUUCUUCGUUCAAAAAACAAAAAAUGAAAACUGAUCGCAACAUUCAAUUUUGAAUUUUCUUCUAAAUUCGCGUCAUUCUAAAUGACAGCUGACUACGGAAACGGUUUUCCCGCGAAUAGCUAAAAUAUCUAUGGUUCAAUAUUCGUUUGAACAUUGACUGUUGAAAAUAAGAGCUAUUUGUUUAUUUUUCUAAUUUUUGUUUACAGGGGAAAACGGUCAAACAAUUAUGAAACAUGUGUAACCGUUAUGCCGGAAGAAAAAUAUUGGAAAACAAAAAUUGUCUUGGAUUUUCAAUUUUUGUUUCUGAAUUGAAAAUUAAAUGGUCGAACGAAUGACCCACGGACCCACGGACCCAUCUGUUAUUGCAUUUCUAUCUUAUAAAAGAAACAAAAACCUUGUUCCUCGUGCAUUGUUGAGUUAUAUAAGCACCUGGGAAUUUUUAAGAACACUCGAGAAGUGCGAGAAAAUAAAUUCCCAAGUGCUUAUAUAACUCAACAACGCACACUGCGCGUUUUUUAUUUCUUUAAGAUAAAUGCGAAUUUUAUAUAAGACAGGCCAAAAGUAACGUCACAAAAAGGUAUUAAAACUUGCACAAAAAAAGCCGCGCGCCGCCAUAUUUGUUUUCUGUAUCUCGUGCGUUCAAAAGUGGAGUGACUCCCCACGCGAGAAAACUAGUACAAGCCACCUUAAUAUGUCCAGAAAAUGUCGUGAGAAAAAUGAAAAAAAAAUUCCUGAAUUCCCACGGACCAAAACCAACGAGAUAAAUUGAAACCCCUCUUGCCAAAUUAAAACUGGCUCUUGAGACACCAAUAAAGUGUGAAGCAAUUUUUUUUUUUUUGGGGAGAGAAUGUCCGUAAGUCUGACUUUCAAAACCGGUCGUUUCGCAUCUUGAGGCUGUUGUCGGUAAUUUAGUAUCAGUUUGCGAUUAUCCUAAUUGCUGUCGCAGUUUGAACCCCUCUUUCAUUUAAUCUGUCUUGGAAAUUCAAAUGUUUUUCGAAACAAGCACUGCUUACAUGAAUAGUGCUUGCUGAAUUGGUCGAAUAUACAGAAUCGAGGAGAUGACGCAUGACACGAUCAUUCACAAAUUUUAGGAAAAUACGAAUACAAACAAAAGCAAAACUGUUAGAACUGUAGACUCUUAAAGGACAGAACAAAGUCAGUUGAAGGCCUUGGAAGUAGCUUGCUUUGAUAAGUUUUGAGAUGAACUUGAGCAGAACAAGUGUCGACGUUCCUUAGAAAGAGGAUUUUAGACAGGGGGUGCCAAUGGCAGCCCAGUUAAAAGUCCUUAUUUGGAAAUCAGUUGCUUGAAGAAAAAGUACUCGAUUCUCGGCUGCUAUCUUUGGCUAAUCCUUCUUCAAAAGUUCAAGAUGGUGAUUAAAUACUGUAAAGAACCAUUUAUUAGGGGCGGCUUACAAGUACCACUUGAUAUUGUUCAAGAAUGCACAUAUUUAGUAACCCAAAUCUCCUCAACUGGUAAUUUUAAUGCGCCUCUCGACUCUUAAAAGACCUUUUUUUUAAUAUCGCUUUCAAAAAUUAAUUUUUAUCUAAAUUUCAUUUUUAUUUAUUAACUUUUUAAAAUUUUGUUACUAUUGUGUGAAUAUUGUGUAAGGCGCAUGGAGCUGCUGUAUAUGCGCUAUAUAAAUGUCUAUUAUCAUUAUUAUUAUUAUUAUUAUUAUUAUUAUUAUUAUAAUUAUUAUUAUUAUGAUCAUCAUCACGAGCUUAUGAGUCGUGUUUGGCCUGUCAACUCUUAUUUCUAGUAAUUAAAAUUACUAAUUAAACAUUAUAAAGCAAUGCGGGUCAUUCAGUGACGCAAUGCAAGUUGCAGAUAAAACUCCCUUGUUAAACCCCAGCUUCUAGAUCACUACAAAGAUAUGUUUUUAAGGUGGCCCGAACCUAUAUAUAUUUUUAUCCUUGUUGGUUAUGUUUUUGAAUCGCGUUUUUGGGCAGGAAUGAUUUACCCGAUUUAUAUGAUUUUUGGCAUCCUUAAUAAAAAAUGGUGGACUUUUAAGGAAAUGUUAUUUAUUUUCUUGUAGGAAUAAAAACGUUUGGGAUAUCGGCAUACAUCUUAAAGCGCAUUUUUACAAAAAAUGUAAAUAACUUCGAAACCCUACGACAGAGUUCUCCCUUACUUCAGUAAAUCACCCUCAGAAAUCCUCAGUUAUUUACCUGCAAGUUUGCUAUCAAUCACGACCAUACAACUCGCAGCACAAAAUGCUAGUCAAAUUUAACCUUAAAAUGCUACGCAAACACAUUUACGAACUGAGUUGACGCACAAAUAAAGGAAGAGUGCCGACUGACUACAGUAUCUCCUAACUGCAAAGGAAACUGAGUAAUCACUACAAGAAGAACAACUUUAUGCUGAAUGCGUGGUGAGAUUUAAGAACUCCUAUAUGUUACUGUGUAUUUGCCCUUUUCUUUUUGAAGCAAAUCUUAACAAUGCAAAAUACAGCAUCUACGAAAAACUCUCAACAGUUUUUAGCGUCGCAGGUUUCCGUUUUGAGAAGAAAUAAAACCACCUACUCAAUACUUCAACCAUGCAUUUUCCAGCUGCAACGAACACCAUUGUAUUUGGUAAUAAUUAUUCAAGCCUGUUUGAUUUUCUAUCACAAAUUAAAUGAGGUGUUAAAAACAAAGAAAGUGGCACUAACCCUAACCUUAGGUGACUGUGCUCACUGCUGUUAUUCCCCCAGAUUGAUGUCCUCUUUGAUAAAUGGAUAAAUGGCCUUACAUGUAAUAUUGAACGGACACCGUGACACAGCAUUUUUGGUAACUGCGAUCUACGCGCACGUAUUGUUCGAAGAUUUGUUCCAGUUUUCAGCUUAUCAAGAUUACUUUUCGUCUUGACUUCUUUUUUCUUUACCGUCCUCCUUUUGCACUGGGAACAAGUUUAGAAGAAAGCUUAAUUUGAAUGAUUAAGCUUCUCCCUCACUACACGCCAUUUUAGACAAAACAAGAAAACAUUUACUGUCUCACCAUCUUUUCAACAAGCCCGCACAAAACACGUUUUGCACAAUUUUUAAUCGGGCCUCGCUAUGACCACUUGGCCGCUUUUUUCUUACAACCUAAGAGUCACUCACUAUAAACUAUUUAAGAAAUGGUAAACAUGCAACAUGCAACCAUCGAGUUAUGAAUGCACGCGGGACGUUGCUAAGCACGAAAAAAAGCGUUAGAGUUGCAUGAGGCGAUAACCGAGUGCAACUCUAGCUUCUUGGGUGCUUAGCAAACCUCUUAAGUGCAUCCAUAACCCGAUGGUUGCACAGCUGCAACGUUUACCAUUUCUUUUAUAACAUAAUCAAAAAGAGAAAAUAUUUCCAUUUGCCUUCGGUCGAGUCAUCCGUGCUGUAGACAAGUUGAUGUUUGCUGUCAUCUGCCCGUGCAUAAACAAAUCAUGCCUUUCAAAAACUUGCCUUUAAAUUUUUUUUCGCUGAAUCAACCGUUAUCCGUCUUAGGGUAAAUUGCAAAACGUUUUUUGUUGUUGUUCUAAAUGGCAUCUGUUUACUUGCUCUUAAUGUUAGGGUAAAUAAUUUGAGGGAAAAUUGUAUCUAAAAAAUAGGCUUAAGCUUAAGUGUGUGGCAAUUUUUGCAAUAAACGUUGACGUUGAAAUGAAAAAAAUUGACUGUAUUUCCUUUAGAACAACAGGUAACACUAAUUUUAAAGCGAAAUUAACUAUCUUUGUAUUGUAAUUUGACCGGGAAAAUCGAGCUGAAAGUCAAAUUAGCAAGAAUUCGCCGACACACCCGACGCUGAAGCGAUGCGUCGGUGAGCAAAAAGGCCUGGUUCAGACGCCGAACUUUCGUGAUCAGAACCUAAUUCGAAUUAAGGCCGACCCAAAUUAAUUAGACCCGCUGAAUUGAUCCAGACGCCGAUCUUAAUUCCAGCCGAACUAAAUUCAGAAGGAGAAAAAUGUUCAUUUCGGUCAAACUGCUUACAACAUACGUCAUAAGAGUUUAUGCAUUAAAUCGGUAUAUGAAAAGUUCUGCGUCUGAAUCAAAGGCGUUCCAAAGUCGCUUCAAAGGCGAAAUUCCCGGCCGGGCUAGGCGAAAGGAAUGGCUGAGCCGUUCCAAAUUGAAACAGGCGUUCUUAACUGAUUCAGACGCCGAACUUUUCAUAUACUUAAUUCAAUGUUUUAGAUUCGGCUCGUGAAAAGUACGGCUUCUGAGCCAGGCCUAGAUGUUGUCUUUUAACGACCGUUCUUUGAACUACAGUUAUGUAUGAACAUAAACAAAACAAUAAACAAACAAGUCAUUUUUUGAAAAAUUUAUUUGAAAACCGAAAUACCCCUGUAAUCAAAUGAAAUUCGCAUUACAAUUCCAGCGUAAUGUGUCCGUAACUCAACCAAAAUUGUUAAUCGAUGAGAUGAAAGCUACACAACAAAGCUGUCUCUAAUCUGAGCGCGUUUCCCAAAAAAUUUAAUUGAAUUUAACAUGACCUCGACUUACAUUGUAAAGGUCAGUAACACAAUGCUGAUUGAUAAAUUUCCAUUUCAAAACAGACUUUCUCUUCUAUAAAAACACACAAAAUGUUCUUUAAAGUCUCGGGCUUAAAUACUCAAAAAACUGCGCUCACUCGGUUUUUCUUCUGAGCUCCUAGCCCCGACGAAAACAGUGAUAAAUUUCUCCAGGGCAAAUUUGUCGCUUAACCUUUUGAAUUUUCUUUAAAACGACAGCUGAAUUUUUUUCUGCAACUUUCAACGGGCAAAUGGCAGAUGGCUAACUGACCAAUCAGAGCGCGCGCUUGACUUUUAUCGUCCCCGCAGGGAUUUCGCCCAGAAGGCGAAAUUCCGAGGGGGCACUCUAGUAACUCGUGCGUAUAUUAAGGAAAGUACAUACAGUUGAAGGAUACAGUCAGUAUGCCAGAAAAAAAAUCUCGAUUUGCUUGAACAGGGGCCGCGAGGAAUCGGUAGGCAAUGAUGACGUUUCUAUUGUUUGCGCCCGCUAGUACGAAAUGGUUAGAAUGAAGUAAAGACAGAAAAUCCCGAAGGGACCGCUUAGGUGGACUUUGUGACAUUUAUUGUGCAGUCAUACUUCGAUACUCUUUUGCGUUACGUGUUAUCAGUGACAUUCUGUGGAGCAGUUGUUUUGAAAGUUAUGGACCAAAAGACACUCGUUAAGCGCAGAUGAAGUUAUAAGGUGCGUAUAACUGAGUAUAUAAUAUAUAGAUUUAGCCAGGGCUAAAAGCGAAGCUCCUGUUAACUCGAAUUUAUAAUUUAAAUCAAACAAUAAACUUGUAUUCCACAAAUCAGUCUACUUUAGAGCACAUUCAUGUGACUUUUGAGGGAAAGGCUAAGUGAUUUUAGAGAAAAAUAAUUUGGAAACAGUCCAAGCUAAGAGUGAACUUAAUCUUGCAUCGAGUUGAUAGCCUUAUAUGUACACCCAAAAAUAGCAUACCCAGAAUGGCUCUUGAUCACAGUAGAUUAGGCCUGGAAAACAAAUUCUUGGAAAAGGGGGCCCAAUUUUUGCGUUCGACAAGUUUACUUUACAAAAUCUUGCCAACAAGUCUGGGGACGGGUAAACCAACCUUUUAUACUUUUUAUACAUCACAUCUGAGGUGAAACAGUACCAUGAGGCGCUGUUUUUAUCAUACAGACCUCGGAUAGAAUGCAGUAUUUCACAAUUUUGCAAUACAAAUUGCACUCAUUCAAUAUUCAGGACGAUCGAAGCACGCCUGUGCUUUUAGCGAAACCGUUAAAAAAAUUUCCAAAAUCACCUGUACGACUAGCCGGUUCUCACUUUUGACAAGCGCCAAAGUCGACUGUUUGAAUUAAGAUUAAUAGAGUUAUACGCUUCAACACAAUAAAGAAUUUGUUGUGUUUAUUUUUUAUCUAACGGUUUUAUAACGAUGUGUACAGUAUGGGGCCCAGUUCUCGGCCACAAAAAAACGUAAACUUGUAUUUUUUACCUUGGAAUAGCUGUGAGGACUUGAAAUUUCACACACAAGUAGCUUCAGCAUUCAGUUGACAGAUGCAAAGCUAUCGACUGGUCAACGCUGUUUUCUCCCAAGUAUUAACGAAAAUGGAGGCUUCGUUCGUGGGCCCAGUUAUCGGCCAGCGAGCCCAGUUCUCGGCCACAAAAGAGUGCGCUCGAUUCCCCAAAAUAAAGAACGCUUUAUUACCAUUUUUUGUUGUUAAAUCGCUUACAAAUUGUCCUUAAAGAGCUUUGUUUCUGUUAGAAAAGGAAGUUUUUUGCACACCUAGUUUUUCUCUUAAGUGCAGUCAAUUGAGGCUAAAAAAGAGUUGGGUUUUUUAAACACGGUUUAAGUCAGAACUCAUAGUUUUAAUUCAUAUCUACUGUCAGAACACUUCUUUCUUUCACUCUUGCCAGAGCGGAUGAAAUUGUAUUUAAAAUUUCGGUUCCUCUGCUAUCAAACUAUGAGCGCUUUUUAGUGUCGACGGCGAGCAGGGUGGCCGAGAAUAGGCAAAUACGCAAAAGUACUAAGGAAAUAUUGAGGAGUGAAUUUAGGUCAAAGAAUAAAACACGCCAGCAAAAGUUUAUAUUUAACAAAUAGCUUUAUCACUCCACGUUCUUUAUGCCAAGAAUUGGCUCAUUUGGGCCCUCUAUACGGAUAAAAUAUAAACUUGAAUUAAACCAUGUAAUUCGAGUAGCCGUAAACAAACACGCUUUCGGGGAAACCAAUUCACCUACCUGCGCGUCACCUCGACGUGCUCACAGUAUAUAGUACCUGUAAACUCGAAACUCGGCAGGACGAAAGACAAGGAAUCAAGCUACCUUUGGAAACAAUAUUGCUUUUCAUUCAGAUUCAUUUGUGGCUCGAAAAAUAAACGUUGAACAAAAAAAGUGGCCGAGAACUGGGCCCCAUACUGUAUACUGUAAUCUUCAAAAGCGUUUCAGGGGGAAUACGCAUGGCAUUUUGACUACUCCUGCAAGCGAUGUUCAUAAGCGACUGAAAGCAAACGGCACAGCGAUUAAAAAAAUUAAAAUUGCAAAGAGACUUCUAACAAUUAAUAAUAAAAGGAAAAUAAUUCGGUGAAAUAUAUACAGACAAUAUACUAACAAUUAAUAAUAAAAGGAAAAACGUUCGGUGAAACAUAUACAGAGACAACAAUUUUCAUUCAGGAAGACAAAUAUUAUAAUCUUAUAAGCUUAUAAUCAAACGUCAUACUCGGUCAGAUCAUUGCCUCAAAUCUUACAAACGUGCAUAAACUAAAUAGCCCCAUAAACUACGCUCGACUUCAUUAAAUUAGAUAUAAAAAAAAAUCAAAUAAAAUAAUUAUUCAGGCUUACCAUUUGAGAUGCACUGAAAACUAUCAAGUAAGGCCAAAAUCGCUUCAGACUUCUCAACCCUCUUACGCAUCAAGCAAGGUGAAAAACGAAAACGAUGCCAUCCGAAAAUCGGAUUUCCGACUUUGACAAACGGCGUAUUUCUCAACCAAAAACCCAAUAAACAAACUAGCCAUGAAUAACAAAAGACUCUUGAUAGCAGCUGAAUUUCACUUUGUACAUUCAGUGGAAAAAGACAGUUAAAAACAUCACAAGUUGACACAAAACUCCGUCAGCUUCAGCUGUCGAAGUAGACAAGUUUCAAGAUGCUGCAUAAAUUUUCCGCAUGAACUCACCUGUCAAGUUUUGACCAAUCAGAGCAUAAAAAUUGGACGUAGAGCGUGACCAACGCGUGACCUUCAGUGAGAAAAGUCAAAAGCAACUAGCAUGUCUUUCCUGCCUGUAAAAACUGGCUGAAUUUUAGCUGCCGAGGUCAGUUUGAAAUCAAAAUGUUAACUGUGCGGCACAUAUAAAACACAACAUAAUUCAUAUGAAUUAAAAAAAAAUUAAACUUGAGCCUGCAAUCAUUUGAAAACUAGUAACAUGUCAGCGGAUAACUUCAAAAACAUACUCGACCUCGAUGGGUCGACACCUGAGCCCGCGAUAUGGUCAGGUGAUACUGGUCAGCGGAUACCCGGUUUUGACAGCUGUCAAUUGAUCACAACAUUGAUGUACAAUAUGUGUGCAAUAUCAGUCUUCCUGUGCUCCCAAACUAGCUAGAAAGUGUAAGAUUGAACAUUGGUUGCCCUGUGGUGCAGACGGACGGGCGGUGUACGGUCACGUGAUUACCAAAUUUUUUGAGAUGGGUAGAUUUACUUACCCAUGGUGCUUCGCAGGCUCGCUUCGUGCGCCAGAGCUCCGCCAUAAACGCUUGGAGUGUUUGCCAGACACGAGUUCACAAAUCUUUGAUUGGAAAUCUUGCCAGACACUCUUUCUCUCUCUUUGACCGGAAUAAGACUCAGCCCCAAACAAGCAAGACGAGUGAACAACGGCUAGCUUGUCACUAGGAGAACGAUGGAUGGAUUCGCCUGAGGUGAAUAAUUGUUCUAGUAUAUGUACACGAAGUGAUCUCGGCCGAAUCAGAAAGGUAACCAUUAAAAAACGAUUAGUUUGAUUGACGGGUAAAUUCAUGCGAGAACAUGUAGCCGUAAACAGAAGAUGCGCGAAAGUAGGCUCUUUCAGCUUACAGUAUCUUCAAACAUGGCAUAUCAUAGUUUUUAAUCUUUUUGUAAGCUUUAGCAUCAAUGGUUUGAAGGAAAACGUCAAAAGUUUAAAUCACUACCCCUUUUGAGAAGAAAAGUAGAGCUUUAUUUGCUUCUGUCAACUCGUCGUGAAUGAGAAAUGUUUUUUGUCGCUUCUUAUUGCAAACGCCGUCAACAGCGGCUAGGAUCGGGGUGAGCGUUGUUUAACUACAGUGUUCUUUGCCUUGUUAACUUGCUGGCACGUAGAUUUUACUUGUUUUUGAACUGUGACGAUACCCCAUCACUCCAUUAGUGAACUUUCGUAAUUGUUGUCACUUUCUUUAAAAAAUCGAUGAUAGCACUGUUAAAUGUACAAAUGGUGCUCUUGUCAUGGGACAUCUCAUCACUCUUUGACAGCAAAAAAGGCAUGCUCGAUAGCUCCCUCUUUUGUGUUUCUGAAUUAUGCAAAAGCUGUAAAGAUUGUGUGACACUUUCGUUCGACCAUUGUGCAGCCAUGAUUUCAUUCUGAUGUUUAAGCUGAAAAUUCUCGGCAAAAUCUUCAUGAAUAAUAACCUCGCCAGCAGGAAGACAAUCUUUCAGGUGUCUUAGCUCCUGAAACUGUUGGGGGACAUUAUAAACACGCCUUCCAAAUGGAGCAAGCUGCGCUUUUAGGUUCACUCUGCCAUCAGCUGGAGUGCGCCAUUGGUAGUAUGAGACAGGUAGCUCGUCAUCUAUAUUGAAAAGCUCAUUUACAAGUUGGUCAACACCACAAUUUGAGCACUCUCUGUCCAUACACUUACUUUCCUCUUGGCUGCAAACUGUAGCAUUUAGUAGAUCGUCUGCUGUUUUGUAGUGCGAAGAUACCAGACUAGUGGUGGUAAGAGUAUGGAGGAGGAGGUCUAUGUUUUCGUGAUAUUUGCACAUGCAAACUUCAUGAUCACGAAGUGUCAUAGGUAGCACUUGCGGAGGCCUCAAAGACGCAAACUCGGAAAAUCCAACCUUCAACUUCGAACCCUCCUUAAAUAAAGCAUGUGCUUCGCGCAGAUUUACUAGUAGCAAUCGCUUUUGUCUUGCUUUCUUGCCGCUCUCAACCUUCACAGACACUUUAUCUUUUUCGCUAGGAAGAAUUCUGCUCAUGUCUUCUCUCAGAUAGAAGUCCUCAAUUUGCCUUAUGUCCUCCUCUGAAAGAGAAUCUGAUCUCUUAACUAGUUCCCUUCGACCUUGCGCCGCUUUGCAUUGAUGUCACAAGCUGAAUUACUGCCUUGCGCUUCUGAGGUGACAGUUGAUAUACCAGUUUCCCUACUGACAGUUCAGGAACUUUUUCGGGGUUUUUGGGAAGGCUCUUAUGCACCUUUCUGACUGCCUUUCCUAGGCUUUGGGAUGUCAGGAACUGACUUUUCACGGUGUCUGUUUCUUUGCCGUUCUUCACUCAUCUGCGCCUUCUGCUCCUUCUGCCUGGCCAUGUUUGAUCUUUUCCAGUUCCUUUUCUUUGCUCUCUACCAUGCCUUCUUUGCAUCUGACAAACUCUCUUUCUGUCUCUUGUACUCUCUCGCUUUCCUCUUUCUAUCUUUCUUUCUGUACUGUGCUAGCUUCUUCUCGUCGUUUUUCAACCUCUCCCGGUAUUUCCUGCUCCUCUCGCUACUAGUUAACAGGGUUAGAAACAAAACAACAAAAAAAAAGUCUUGCUUUCGUAGCCGUCUUCUCCGGAACGAAAAUGUUCUCUCCGCAACAAAUAUGAAACAUUAAAUUUUCGUGGAAAUUUUAUGUAUUUUGAUGAACGUUCAAUCUAGAAAGGUUACACUGACUAUUAAUUCGAGCAUUUGGAAAAUUAUAUAUUUUGGCCCGUUUUCCUCACUGCAAUCAAAACUCUUAGUAGUGAAAUCGUUGCGGAGAAGACACUAAAACUUUGGAAAGUCCAAUUCUUCGCACCCGUUUUUAAUUACUCAAGCUAGGUACGUCCAUCGUAGACCAGAGCGGCUUUUCAAACAAAAUAACCAGCUUUUCGAAUACGUCAAAAAAACAUUUGUCUUCUACGCAACGGCUUUUGGCAACACAUGCAGAGUAAAUUACUAUUUGUGAAAAAAUAUGACCUGGAAAUUGUAUGAUAGUGCUUAAAAUGUCAACUUUAAACAUUUCGCUUUUAGUUUUCAGUUAUAUCUUAGACAAAUUUGAUACUUUUUAAAAACCAAUGUCUAGUUUCACAUUACCGUGGAAUGACCCAAGUAUUUAUGAAUUUUUUGUAAUGUCACCAAUCACUUGCAUAAUAAAAUGGCUAUCAUAACCCCUUUUAAGUUAUCUUAUCAAUUAAUCUUACAAUCUUGGUGAGCUGAUCCUCUAUAUUUACCUGUGAUAUAACAAUAAUCUCUGACUGUAAUAUCUUCUUUAUCUUUUUCUGUAAGUCUCAUUGGUUAAUUGAAAUGUUUUUAAAUUGUUUUUUUCACACCAUUUAACUUUAUGAACUUAUAAACAUGAUUUUCUCCUUUAUAUAUCUGAACUGGCUUACUGUAUUCAUCAUCAUUACAACAGACAACCUUAUAUCCAUAUGCACAGAUGUUAUGUUUUUGAUAUGAUUCAGUACAUGAUUCAUCAUUUUUUGGUUGGCAUCCUUGUAUUUUUUUCUGCAAUAGCUUCAAAAUCUGCUUAGAUUACGAAUGGUACUGGUAACUGUUUCUGGACAUUAUUGAAUUUCAACAUAUUGUCACCUUUUUCAGGCAUUUUUAUGGCUUGCUGACAAUUAUAAACUAAACAGUUUUCUUGGUGAUUCUUUAACAUAUUAUCACAACUACUGAAGCAUUGUAAACAAUACGUACAAACGUGUUUUCUAUGUUCAUGUUUUGUUUGGUUGUACUUAUAAGUCUUUUAUGAGAACAUACUGUUUGUUUUCACCUUGCGUUAUCAAUAAUAGUUCCAUGUAAUCUCAAACCUAUCGUUAGAAAUGUGUAUUGGAAAUCGUUGUUCAUCUUCAUAACCGAAUAAGUUUAUAUUGAUAUUACAUUGUUUCUCAAUCUUGUUAUACUGUUAAGUGGUUACCGGAAAACUAAUACUUGAGUAAUUAAAUUGGCUAAUAAGUGGUUUAUUAGUAUUUUUAUCCUCUGAGGGUUUUUUCUUGUGGCUUUAAAUGGCUAGUGUGGCACCAUCUAAAACAUUCAUUAUCAUCAUUCUUAAUAUUAAUCAAUCCUUUAGCUGCAUUUCUCAAUUUUUUAGGCAGUUGACAAUGUAAUCAUCCUUUUAAUGGUUGAUAUUUGGCACUAUUUAUGUAAUGGUUAUCAAUUGAUUUAAUAGUACAAACCGAACCCUCUGAUAUCCACUGUGCAAUUUUAUUCAAUACAUCUUAUUUGGAUGUUUGUAACCCUUCAUUUAAUUCAUUCUCAUUAACAAUUGUUUGAGUGAUACUAUCAAAAUAAGCUUUUUUGUAUACGGUUUCAUCAUUGGAUACUUUUGAGAAUUCAACCUUCAAUGAUUCAACAAAUUUAAAUCCUUUUAAUUGUUUCAGUUAAAAGAGUUUUGAAGUUUUGCUCAAUACCUUUUCUUGUAUUUUGUAAUUGUAUUAAAGAGUCUUAAUUAUUUUUAAUUUUAAUUUCAAAUGAUUGAGUAUAUCCAUUUAGAGCUUUACUUGUUUGGUCGAAUUUGAUGCUAGGAGCUGGAACUGGUUUUUCUUCAACUAAAUUUUUAGUUCUAGGUGCUGGUGUUGGUUUUAGUAUUGGUUUUUAGUCCUUGGUUUUGGGACUGGUUUGUACCCACUCCCUAAACUCAGGGGGCGGAAGGAUGAUGUUAUCUUCACAAUUUUUAACCAUUUGUUUAACACUCUCACGUGGUUCAGGAAUUGGCUUCAUAUUCCUUGGUUUUGGGAUUGGUUUUACAGUCCGUGGGGUAGAAACUGGUUCAUCAUCCACUAUUUCAAUUCCAUAGAUUUUUUGCAUUCUGUUUCAAUAACAGCCUGAUUAUAUCCGAUUUCUUAAGUUUCUUAAGAUCUGAUUUGUUCAUAUCUACAUGAUUAGAUAUGAACAAUUAUCAUUUUCCAUUACAACUUCACGCCGAUUUAAGUGUGCAUUUCAGAAAUGGGCAUAACCGCUGGAUUUUGUACCCCGAAGGCUCAAUUUAUUCCUCCGGACUUUCCCUUCGAGAGUGCUCGUUUUGACUCGGUUUAAAGAAGGUGAGAUUUUAUGGCGCAAGACUCGGAACAGAAUUCAAAGGAAUUGAACAAUGGCUUAAUUAAGCUGCCCAGGGCCGCGAAGUCUUAAUGGUAUCCUUUUGUUCUUACUGUGUCAAUAAAACUGCAGAGAAUUAUCGCACAUAUUGCGGUAGAAGUUUAUGGAUUUAAGUCUUUCGCAAAACUUCUUCGACUUGGACACGUAUUUUUCAAAAAGUAGAAUUUUGAGAGCUUUAAAAAGAGAUCUUGAACGAGAAAUUUCGACCACUGUGGACCGAGAUUGGAUUUUUUUUUCUUGCGAGGUUUCGAAGUACAAAGCAAGCCGCUGAAGCAUUUUUUCUCGCCUAUCGCUUAAUAAAAUCCGGCCGAGAGUUAUCCAUUCAUUCAAUCAUAACAGUUAUUCACUUCUCCAAAGCAAUGAAAUUAUACAAGUGUUUCUACAAAAUUAUUUCGAGGAAUUAUGAACUCCGCAAGUUUUGAUCUGUCGAUUACAGCUCUUGUUUUGAUUUUAGAUAUUUCCCGUCUCACUCGACUACUCCGCGAAUCAAGUUGUCAUGCAAAUCGGUGAACUGACAAUACGCGUUAUUUCGGGCCCUGCAGUCACGUAACUGAAACGCAAGGUUUUGUUCAACCAAAAAAAAAAACUGAAAGGCAAGCGAAAACAUCCAAAAAAGUGAAAUUACACUCUAAUGAAACUGUGUCAUCCCGUUAAAUGCAUUCACCACUUGCGUUGUUUACAUUUUGAAAAGAGUUGUUCGCUCUUGAUUGCAGAGCUACUGAAUGAAUGAAACAUUCUAAUAAAUAACUUCCGCAGCAAUUUUUUAAACGCCAAAUUAUUUUCAAGGCAAGAGAGUAUUUAAUAAAAAAAAAUACUAUUGGAGACCAGGUAUUUAUAAGCUUUAAACAACUUCAAAUUUAUCAGGCUUGUUUCCUUUGUAAUACGGUGCGUGACCGAAAAUAUGUUAUGCAAGCAGAGUUGUCUGCCACGCUUAAAAGACUUGUAAGCGUUCCCUCAGACUGCAGCAAAUUUAACAGGAGAGUCCGAGUGUUUUAAUGGAUAAAUUUAAUACUCAUCAGGUAACAAUGGGGAUUAAAAAGUCAAUCAAGCAACAAAAUUCGAAACAAAGGAGACAUAUCGCACCUAAAUCAAAGGAAUUCCGCUCGUGGAUUCUUCGGAAGGUAAUCGACAAUGGCAAGAACAAUAGCCUGAAUAUAUGAAUACUUGAUAACCCCAAAAUUUGGGGUACACACUUAAAUCGGCGUGAAGUUGUAAUGGCAUAUACUACACUAUAGAUAUUAUUAAAAUAUAUUUACACACCUUCUUUAAUUCCUCCAGUUUGAAAAAAAGAUUCUAUAUUUGAAUUUCCCAAUUAUGUUAAUAUUCAAACUGUUGAAAAAUUUGAAAAACAUAUAUAUUAUUUUUUAUUUUGUUGUGAUCUUCUUACCCAUCUUUUUAUAUACUAUACUAUGUGUCAGAUAAUGUUCUAUUAAAAUAUUUUUAUGACUUCUUGAAAUGGUCAGAACAUAUAUUGUCCAUAUUCAUGGUUUUAGAAGUUCAUUAUUCAGAGAGAUGAUUUUAUUUUUCCUUCCUCAACAUGUAGAUGAUUUAAAAUUAUCUCACGCUUCUCGAUAUCUUUUUGUAUUUUUUAUGAACUUUGUUUGGUCUCUUGUGGCAUGUGAUCUUUUUUCAAUGAUUUUAGUUUCUUUACAUUGGUUGAUGUUACCUCGAACAGAUUAUCCAACGCAUUUUUAUUAUCUAUCAUUUCUCUCACUAUUUUUUAAAGAUGUUUGAAAUUCUCCAUUAUGCAUUAUUUUGUUAUAAUUAUUAUAUAUUAUAUUUUUUAAAAGUUUUCUUUCUUUAUUUGUGGUUUUUGAAAACGUCAUUUUCCUCUUUAUAUUUAUUAUUUUCUAUAUCUUGGCAUACGCUUUCCAUGAGCUCAACCAAUGCGAUGUCUUCAUCUAUCUCCUGUAUUUUUUGGUAGAUCAACGGUAGCCUUGGGUUCUUUGUUAUAAGAAAGUUUUAGUUAAUUAAAAAAACCCACUAGAUUUGGUUCCGAUUUCCUCUUUCAACAGAUCCAGUUAUAGUAUCUGGCUCAGUAAGACAAGUGAAGUUACUUUGACGCUGACGUUUUGAAGAGUCAGGGCUAAGAUCAAGUGCUAUUGACGCUUUUAGUUCAUACUGAGCAGGCAAAACCUCAAAAGAAACGCGUCGUGAUAUUAAUGAACUCCAAAUAGAUGAGACCUUAAAGCAAAACCAGAAAAGAUGCGCAAGCCCUUUUUUUCCAUCUCCUCAGAAAUCGCAAUUAGAGAUAUAUUCUAGUCCGAUUUUCGUCAGAAAGUCAUUAGUGGCAAUCCUUCUAUUGAGAAAUUUUAACUGGAACUCCAACACCCGGGUACUUUUGGUGUAUUUGAAGGCUAGAGUGUAUUCCUUAGACCAUAGAGGUUGAUCGGUCUCAUUGUUGUUUAGGUCCAUAAUCCAUUUAUGUUGACUGCGGGUAGGAGAAGUCCAUUUUUGAAUUUAGAAGAAACUUUCAUGAACAGCAUUUUUUGUAACACCGUUUCGACAAGUGUUCCUGGAUGUCUAUCAUUUUAAGUCCGCCGUUUGACUAGUCGUUGAUAAUGGUAUCAAGUUUGAUUUUGUCACCCUUUUGAUUCCCAAUGAGAGAAAAGAAGGGACUGUUGAGUUCGUUAAUGACUUUUUCAUUGGUGCGUAAAGAUGAAAACACAUAGAUUAAUUGGCAAGCCGCCGGGCUUUUCAAAACUUUUAUUUUUUCCGAUAAGAGAAAGUCUGCGAAAGCUCCAAGAACUUAAUAGAGUGUCUCUGUAAGAACGGUCCGGUCGAUUUUGCUUAAGACACAGAUUUAGCUCAUUUCUUGUGUGUUGUAAGACAUUCAUGUACCUAUACUAAAACCACAAUCCGUUUGAUCGGAUCUCUUUAUUUUUCAGAGUUUUACGGAAAUUAAAUUUCACUCGAGCGAGGGCCUGUCGUGACACUUUUCAAGACGUUAAUUUGAGGCAACUUUGGCGGACAAUUUACAACAAACUACGAAACUCAGCAAAAAGCAAAUACCACAGCCAUGUAUAUUAACUCUAUCUUAUCCAUCGAGGCGACUUUCGUGAACAUCACGUUUCAAUCAAGCAAACAGGAAGACUUGAACGACACCUUAUCGGUUCGCUUAAGUCACACACGCGAAAACCGAUCAAAUUCAAGGUACAUUUUUGAAAAAGUGAGGCGUUCUUAACUGAUCCAACUAAUAUAGCUAGGAAGUAGGUGCCAUAGAAAAGGUAACUACAGAAAAAAACUUUGCGGCCCGAUCUUUACUACAACUUUAUAACUCUGUGAACUUACCUAAUUUUCGGCAAUCUCCAAGUUUUGCCUCCAUUUUGAGGGACUUGUCAACAUGAAGCGUAGCAGAUAUAAGUCGAGCAGGUAGAUCUAAGACCGUCAGAAAUACAUACGAAAGCAUUCAAAUGAACUUCACUUUCAAUUCAAGGGGCAAAAUUUGAAAUUGUUCGUUAAACCUACCAUUCCUACACCCCAUGCGACCAUUUCUUCCAACAAUUCAAACACUACAACUAGUGUUCGAAUUUCCCUCGUCGAUUCCACCGUAAGAAAUAACCUGUGCCACCCCAAGCUUCCACUCGAAUUUCAGGUACGAAUCAAACAACAUAACUGCGUCAUCUUCGAGGCCAUAUCACACUGGUAUUUUGAUUUUCUGAUCGACAAGAACGGUGAUCAGGAAGUGAUCGCCAUAUUUACCUCAUAAACGUGACCGCUGACCAGCCGCUGAGUAAAAACAGUACGGCGCCGGGUGGUGUGAGUGGCGGACUUAUCGUCAUAAGAUAUUCGAAUACAUACUAAAAACGCUUUAGGACUCUUAGUCUAAACACUGAAGGCAUCGUGGUACAGACAACUUUUAUUUUAUUCUCAUAACGUUUUCCUUUAAAUUAGAACUGGUAUUAAUUAAUAGAGUUAUUUAAAUAUUUUUAACCGAGGUACCCAUAUGACCUUUUUGCUUGUCCUCUUUGGAAUAAUUAAGCAAUAGACCACACUUUCUAUCGGUUUACCGUCGUGAUAACCCACGCGGGAUGUUGGGUUCGGCUCGUUAUUUACAAGCUUUUCUCGUGUUCUCCCAACAUCCCAAAAUUUUACUGUUUCCUUACAUGCUUAAGGAAAUCUGUACUUUCUUCGAGCUCCCACUUAAAUGGGAGUCGUGCAGAGGCAUGGGGCGAAGGCAACCCAAAAAAUUAGGAGCAGGGGGAGGAGCUUAUUUAGCCGGCCUUUUGCUUGUAUUUGUAUAUACAAUGUAAUAAGUGUCGUACACCAAAAAGUUGGUUUACUUAUCACUGGACGAAAAAUUGAAUUUAAUGAUAUUUGCCUUAAAGACAAAUCUAAGACAAAUCUGAUGUCAGAUUUGUCCACCCAUCAAAUGUCCCAAAUGUGAGACAAAUCUGUUAUCACAUUUGUCUUAGGAAAUGUGAGACAAAUGUGAUUCAAAUAUGCCAUUAUAUUUGCCCUGGUACAAAGAUAUCUUAAAACAAGACAAAUACGAGAAAAAUAACGUUUUGACUUCUCGUUCCAGUAAAAUCGCUAUAUGAUUUUCUGAAUUGUUUAGAAACAAGGCUAUUGUUUGUGUCAUUAAUUAAUUAAUUUAUUUAUUUGGUUGUUUUUGACGCAAUGGGUAACCCUUGUCAAGUACUCGUAGAUGCAUGUAGGUGUAGAUCUGUAGAAAUUGCAAUGAGGGAUUUUCUGGCUAGCUAUUAUUGCGCCUUACUCACCCUGGAUCAAUGCUCCGAUCAACUUACCGUACUUGAUACGCUGAUUAAAACGUUUACAGAGGCUCGUUAUAUCGAGGUUCCACUGUAUUCAAGUCAAGUCAAGUCAGAGUCAACUUUAUUUAGGCAGAGUGGCCCUAUCAGCCAUUGGCUGGUAUCAAUAGGGGCCCUGCGUAAAUUACGACUACACGAUAAAAAUUUAAAAUUAAAAAUUCUUUAAGUGAAGUGAAUAAAACGGAAAUUAAAAAUUACUUUAAGUGAAGUGAAUAAAAGGGAAAUUACCGUCUCUUCAUAAAAAAGACAAUUUGUUUAUAUCCACGUAUUAAAAAGAAGUCUUUUGAAGUUUUAGCGUAUGCUAGAAAGUUACCUUGCGUUGCAAGUGUGAGGCUCACUAGCCGUUUUUUAUUACCAAGAUUGAAAAGUUGGAUUAGAUGUUAAAGGAAAGAAUUCCUCCUCCCUUUGACUCCUUAAAACUGAUGAGUUGUCAGUGUUUUGAUCAUUAUGCUGUGCCACUGAAAAUAUGAAAGUUCAACUCUAGUCAAAAGACCAAAAUUAUUCAGCCAUAUGGCAGAGUCUUAUUUGCACUACCACCCUACACUAUAGGGUCUAAACCACAUCACCAUAUAUACCGCUAGACAUAAUGAAAGGCUUAAUAGAGGUUAUUAACAAUAAAAAUUAGCCAAAUACAAUUUAUUUCAGUGUCCGCGUCCGCUUAAUAGAAGUGUCCGCUGAAUAGGGGUUCGUUAUAAAGGGAAAUUUAAGACGUAAUUAAAAUUUCGGGACCCGGUUUAGUGUCCACUGAAUAGAGGGUGUCCGCUUAAUUGAGGGUUCGUUUAAUAGAGGUUUCACUAUAAUAGUAAAUAUCAGUAUUACGUGAAAUCCAUUCCAGAAUUUAUGCUUAAGUCCAGAUAAGUGCUGCUGAUAAGUACACCCUAUUCUCCAAUCCCUUCAUCUUGAUCGUCUUUUUGAAUGAACGCGCGCGCGAAUGCGCGAAAAGUACUCGCGUUCGGAUAUUGUGACGUUAAAGUUACGUCAGCGAUAGAACGCCAAUCAAAUGUCCACAGCUACACGCGGGGUAUGUUUGAUCACCAUUUUGACAGCGUCUUCAGUUCAUUUCGAAAAGUUCUUUGUCAGCUUGGCCCUUAGUUUUCGUUGUCUUUAGACUCGUAUUUUAUGGUUCAAUCAUGGCUACAAGCAGUCCUGCUGAAGAAAGACAACUUUUUCUGAUGGAAAACAUGAACAGGAGACUAGAUCCUAUUUUAGAGAGCCAGAAGAAACUGAAAGAAGCAAACGCAGCAGUUCAGCAAGAUAACGUAACUAGCAAAACAGGAGCGACUAAAUAACAGCAAACGCGGCUCAAAACUGUCACGCACAGAAUCUAAAGGAGAAGUUCCAAUGGAUUUAAGGGUAGGUUUACUUUCUUGUUGCUUUGAUGAUAUACGAAAUGCUUUUGAUCGUGAGAGUUUGUGCUUAUUCUUUGAAGCUGAACUGAUAGCGUGUCUUCAGAGGCGCCGACUUGCCUGCGUUGUAUCAAACAUCACAGGAACCUACAACUUAGCUUAAAGCGCCCAAUUUUUGAGGGACAAUGUUAGUCUUUGAAGUGGGGCAUAUUUAUUUCUUUUUUAAACAAAACGAGAUCGAUGGCCUGGAGAAAGUUGCUGUUGGAAGCAACCAAAUACAUGUAUAUUAUGGAUGAUUAUGGUUAUCUCAAAGCAGAAUCAUUAUCAGGGUUAUAUGCUUCUGUCUCAAAGCUUAAGUUUAAGCUUAUCUAACAUAGCACUUUAUUUGGUAAAUUGACAACUAUAAUUUUUGUUUUGUUUCCAACAUGCAGAAAGAUGGUUGACAAAAAACAUGACAAGUGGCUCUAAAGUGGAAGAGGAGUAUGUUCACAAAUUUAUGUUUUAUUUUUUUUACCUCAUGAGUGUAAAAAUGUUUUUCUAGCCAAAUGGCUGUGCUCAAAGAAAAUUUGAAGGGACUGAGUCCAUUGCUAUGAAACUGUGAAAUCCACACUGCUCAAGAUAUGGUUCCUAUGAAAAACGUUCUUUUAGGCUGGGUUCAAAUGUCGAAUUUCACUUGAGCCAAACUUAACGCAAGAGUUAAAUGCAUGUGAAGUGCAACGUUUGAAUCAAUUAAAUAAGACUGUUUAAAUUAAAUGCGAUGUUUGCCGUAUCUGCGACUGAAACAGUUGAAGAUUUGACUAAGGUUCAACUUUUGAUUCAAACGUCGCAUUUCACAUGUGCCAACUUAAUGCAUGAAUUUUGGUAAAUUAUUAUUAUAUUACUGGGAAUAUUGACUUUUAACAGAGUUAAAUUCAACAGAGUUUAGGGAGUUAAAUUUGACAUUUAAAUCAAAUGCCGCAUUUAACUAUUUAAGUAGACUAAAUUAGGAAUAAAGUUCUGCGCAUGUGAAUUUGAACUGGGCCUUAGACACUCAGGAUGAAAAGUCAGUUGCCACGGGUGACCUGGAGAGCACAGCCUCAGGUGUUGUUUACCUUAAGAAUCUUAUCCCUCAUGCCAGAGCUAUGGCAAAGCCCAGGUUUGAGGGUGGGAUAUCCGAGAGGCCAGCACCUGACGGUCCAUCAUGAGCCACAUUCAGGCCACUUCUCAGUCAAGGCCUAGGCCCAGUUGUUCUAAGGCUUAUUAGAACCCACACGGGGAUAAAUUUUUAAAUAAUUUGGUUUCCUUUUUCAUUCGUUCAAAAACAUUUUCACACUUAAUGUGCUCUUCUUUUUUAGAGCAUCCAAUCAUCAAAUUGCAGACUAAAAGAACUUUUAAAGUGAAUUUGUUUAUAAGCUUUCCUAUCUCAACUCAAAGUUUGCAUAAACCAGCAUUACACAACCUGGCCUGACCUUGUUUAUAUGAAUUCAUAUGAAUUUAAUGAGAACGGGAGUGGAGAUAAUAGAAAAGUAUAUGUUAUUAGUAGUAUGAGGCUACCUUCCACAGAAGAUAAUCAACUGUGGCAUUUUUUUGUCUUGAUAGGGUAGCUUAAUUUAUCAUAUACAUCCAGGGUGCAAAGAAAAUCAGUUUUACAGCCUGACAUUCUCGCAAGCUGUAGCUACCCCGUACUAGCCCACAAGUCAUUUCAACUAGCCCCCAAACCCUUUUUGAUAAGCAGGAUUGAUUACAAUCCUUCGGUAAUUUGAAUUUCUCCAAAAAACAGCACUUGCCCAUCAGGCAAGUUAAGAACAAAAAUCACUAGCCCGAUAGCAAAAUCCACUAGCCCCGGGCUAUCGGACACGACUUUCCUUGCAGGCUGACAUCACAUAAAAGUACCAACUUUGCUUUUCAAAGACAAAAGAAAACUUUUCAAUGACUCUUUCGAAGAUGUGAAGCCAAAAGAAAAUCAGGCUUAGGUUUACCUUCUCGUUUAUUUGCAAUAUUCAUUUAAGAAAUCUUUGACCAGAGGAAAAGUUGUGAUAAUCCAAAAGUUGGUUAAUUGAGGUCCAGAUAAUCAAGAUUUAACUGUUGGCUUAAAUGUCCAAAGUCCAUUAUUUGUUUAUAGGUUUUAAUAACAGUACAUGUUAUGGAUUUUCUAAGAGCUUAUAUAAAUGUAACUUGGAUUAUUUGGUUAACUGUGGCAAACAUUGAAGAGUGCAAAUGGUAUAGUCUUUGAUUACUUUGCAAAUUCUCAAGCUAUGAAUAAGAUGCGUGUACAAAAAUAUAUUAUGAUAUGUGAAAUUUUUGCUGUUUACCAAAUUUUAGUCAAGUCUUUGUAGCAUUAUUGAUUAAUGACAAAUGUACAUUAAACCCUCUAGCAGUCACUCCAGAAGUCAGCUAUUUCAUUAGUUUUGUUACCUUUGGCAAGUAUCAAUGGCCCACCAAACAAAAAUUACAUACUCUAAUAACAGUGGAACUAAGUGCAAUGAAGAUUGUUAUCUUUCCUGUGGUAAUUAACUAAAGAUACUCUUUGUUGGAUGUUGUACCAAUGGUACCUGAAGGGAAAGUUUUAUUUAAUGGUUAAUUUUUACUGGGUAUGUGCUGCUGGCCUCUCAGUAUCCCUAUCCCAUUACUGUAUACCGAUAGUCUACUCUGCGGCCAUAUUAUAGACCCCAUUUCGGUCACUUUGGAAAAAAGGUGAUUUUUGCAAUCCCAACUUGGUCACUUUCUGUUUAUUUAUCUACCUAAUAAAGUCUUUUGACUUGGUCAUCCUGAAAUGAACUGACACUUGUUAAACUUAAUGUUUUAGUUUUGUUUUACAGUUAAUUGUAAGAUCAGGAGAAGCUUUGUGAAAUAAAUGAGAAUUGUCAGUUAAAAUUCUUGAGUCAGUUUUCUUUAAAAAUUGUAAUCACCUUGCACCCUUUACAGUGGAACUCUGAUAUUUAAAAAGUUUCAAGGAACGAAGUGCAACGAAGAUUGUUACUGUUUUAGCAGUGUCUUCGUUAUAUCAGGGUUUCAGGCAAGGGUUGUGAUAAAUGAGGGGGAAAGGGAUCGAACUGAUGGUCUUUCAACCAGUCCUAGUUGAGUUGAAUGAACUUCUGCAGCAUUAGUCCACUUUAAAGAAAGGUUGAAAGCUAGUGUUAAGUGCAAAUUGCAAGAAGCAAUAAAGGGGUAGAUGCCAGGGAAGAAAAGAGAGAAGGGUAGUACGUAUGUACUGGCCUGGCACGCUCACUUUACAAUAUAAAAUUUGCUCUAUAUUUGUCCAUACAAAUAUGUUAUUUGACAAAGUUUGAACACAUUUGAACACAUUUGUUUGCAAUUUGGCUCAUUUAUCUGUAUUUGUCACAAAGCAAAUGUUAAAUUUGUCCUACAUUUACACAGCAUUUGUUCACAUUUGUCUUAGAUAGCAAAUGCAUCAUUAUCCUAUUUGUCUUAAACACAAAUGUCUAAUUUGUGCUUUGCACAAAUGUGAACAAAUAUGACAAAUUUUAUAUUUAGACCACAUUUGUCCCACAUUUAUCUCAUUUCAAAUCUGUUUUUUCAUCCAGUGUAUAAAACUCUUUGUCGUUGUCGUAUGAAAAAAAACAACGUACAGGAAAAUUGCAAAUGAAAAGAAUAGGAUUUAGUGAUAAAAGGUCACAUCGAAACAAGGAGUGAGCGGAAACUAACAUAGUUCACUUGACAAUUAUAUGUCAGGCGUAUAAGUGGAAAACGCUAAAAAUUGUACAUUGCUAGUUUUAUUCACACCUUACGUAAAUGACAUUGGUUACUGUUACGGAAAAUCAUAUUUUAGAGUCAGCUUUGUAUAAAGCAAUGAUUUUGCAUACAUUCUUGGGAACAGCAAAAAUGAUUUAGAACAAACCUCCAAGUAUAGUGUUCAUUCCGUGCAAUAACGCAUAAAUAAAAGGUUCUGGAAGAAAAGACACCUUAUUUUAUACUACUGAGGACAAGCAAAAAGGUCAUAUGGGUACCUUGGUUAAAGAUAUUUAAAUAACUCUAUUAAUUAAUACCAGUUCUAAUUUAAAGGAAAAAGUUAUGAGAAUAAAAUAAAAGUUGUCUGUACCACGAAAAGCUUUUUUAGCAUGUAUUCGAAUAUCUUAUGACGAUAAGUCCGCCACCCACACCACCCCGCACCGUACUCUUGUUUUUACUCAGCGGCUGGUCAGCGGUCACGUUUAUGAGGUAAAUAUGGCGAUCACUUCCUGAUCACCGUUCUUGUCGAUCAGAAAAUCAAAAUACCAGUGUGAUAUGGCCUCGAAGGUGACGCAGUUAUGUUGUUUGAUUCGUAUCUCAAAUUCGAGUGGAAGCUUGGGGUGGCACAGGUUAUUUCUUACGGUGGAAUCGACGAGGGAAAUGAAUGAUUUUCCAGUAAUCGGAGACUUAGUUAUGCGCACAGGACUAUGGGAUCGCCAGGGGGCAAACAUUGCAAGUCGCUACAAAGAAAUGUAUGGCGUAGAGCUGUUUCUCCGUUUAAAACCAGUGUCUUUGGACAGAGAAUGCCGCAUUUUGCCGUGAUUUUAUGAGAAGCGGAGGUGACUAAUGUUGGUGCGUUGAUUGUAAGUUUUUGUGGGAUCAAUGUGAUGAAAUCUAUCGAUAAACACUCCUUCUCGCGAAAGGUCGCUUGUGAAAUUUACUGAAUGGUCUCGAAAUAUAUAGUACUAACUUACCAGGUAUAAAUGAGCGGGGAUUGUGGACUCAUUUAUUAAGCCUUUCCAGUUGUAAGUACAUGUGCUGAUAUUUACAACGAGUGUAAUUACGUUCGGCUCGGCGGCGAGACACAACGCUGAGCCAGUUUGUGACAACGAUCGAAGGUAAGCUUAUGUAUUGUCGAAUUUGAUAUGUAUUAACUUUAAAAGCAAAACAUCUUCCCCACAUUAAUAUAUUGAUUCCUUCUAGCCAAAAAAAUGCAAGCGAAAUGUUUCGUCAUGAUCCAGAGCACCAAUGAGUUCUAAUGCCUUUUCUGAUCAUUUUGAGGGAAGAUAUAGAAUCUCUGAAUUUCGCACAUCAACUUGGUAUUUAUUUGCACACUCACUGCUUUUGUAUCGGAAAUCUUACUCGUUCGUACGAUUUCUGCAUCAUCUGCUAAUGGUUAAAUACCAUGUACUUUCCAUGAAAUAUUUAGUAGAUGUUACUUUGCUUAUACCAGGAGGAUUUUUUAUUUUUAUGGCCACGUCCUACGAUUGUUGAGCGUCAUAACUCGUACAGAGCUGAUCGCGGCCGAGCAUAGUUACACUCGUUGUAAAUAUCACCAUCAAACGGAUUGUGGUUUUAGUAUAGGUACAUGAAUGUCUUACAACACACAUGAAAUGAGCUAAAUCUGUGUCUCAAGCAAAAUCGACCGGACCGUUCUUACAGAGACACUCUCUUAAGAUAUUUUGGACUUUCUUUUGGGUGGAGGGAGAACCAAACACCUAGAGGUUUUACUUUACACUUGGGCCAUUUAAAAUCUCUUCCAGUGAGACGAAUUUCUUCUUUAAGACAGUUUGCACCAAUACAAAAAGCCUCUGUUUUAUUAUUAUUGAGUCUAAGACCUGAAACUUUAUAAAAACGACCCAGGCGACUUGAAGGAGAUAGCAGGAAGCUGUUCGAUCCAUCUAGAAUAGUCGUGUCGUCUGCGUACUGACUUAUCUUGAUCUCUUUAUCAUUUGCAUUAAUUCCCCGUUAUAUUCUCAUUUUUGCGUCCAGCCUUUGCUAAUACUUCUGCUGUAAGGAUAAAGAGAUAGGGCUAGAGAGGGGAACCUUGUCUUGCCCCUCUUUGGAUGCUAAAAAAAUCGCUAGCCCAUCCAUUAUUUGACGCACAACUUUCCGGGCCACUAUGAAAGAGGUUUACCCAACUUAUGACACUAGCACCGAAACAGAAAAAAGAGAGAGUAUUUUGAAAGAAAUACCAUUCUAUCGUGUCGAAUGCUUUUUCAAAAUCUAGAAAGAGAAGAAGGCCUAGGAUAUUCUGCUCCUUAGCAUUGCAAAUUAAACUGUCAAUAAGACGAAUUUUUUCCCCAACGAAUCUUCCUUUCAAAAAACGUGUCUGGUCGUUGCUAAUAAGAGCAGGUAGGACACGAUUUAUACGGUUUGCAAUAGUCUUGGCUGCUAUUUUAUAGUCGCAAUUAAGCAGGGUCAAAGGCCUCCAAUUCUUGAUAAAGUAGAUACCUCCUCUCUGAGUUAUUAAAAGUUGGCCUGUUUCAUGCGCGAAGUUCAAUGCAUUAACAAGGAUGGUCGAGAUGUGGAGCCAAAAGGUCUUCGGGUGUUUCGGCUUUAUCUUUAUCUUUAUCUUUAUCUUCUUCUAGUAUGAGGCCCUGCCAGGGUAAAUUCCGACAAGCGACAUGACCCAAAAAGUAGCGACAGAGCCUAAAAUGAAAUCGCGACAAGCGACAACCUCCUUCGACCAAAUUGCGACGGUGACGGCAAAGCCGAGAAUAUGCGACAAAGAACGGUGGUUUGGCUAAUUUAUCACCAGUCUGCAUGCCAAAAAGAAGUAAUGUUCGUCAAUUUUCCUUGCGCUUCAGAGAUUCUCUCGUCAGAGAGUCUCAGUGGACUCUCCUGAGCGCGUCGCGUUGGCCCGUCGCGUAGUCUUCAUUUACGUAACCCCGCACAACUCCAGGGAGACCUUGGAACUAGGUUGUCCGUCAAAUAGCUUAAUUUUACGCACACUUGACAUCUCUUGUAAUCACUACUUUCAUACAGACCAUAAUGCACUUUGUUUUCCCCCCUCAGAAUUUUACAUAACCAUUGUUUCCAAAUUCUCCAGGGUAUUUUUAAUACAGUCGUUCCAAGAGAAAUAAAAAACAAUGGUGAUGCCAAGUUUUGGGGGGUAAACAAGGUGCUUUAUGGUCUGUGUGAAAAUGGUGAAUACUUUGCUUUUUCCUGAACUUCUCACAUCCCUGUCGACCUCUGUCGGACGGUGACGACGGUGGAGAGACCAGGGACCAGGCAACCUAACCACCGACCUUCCAACCGCUCUCACAGAGUAGACCACCGUUAACCGGCCUUCACAUACGAUUUAUCACGUUCAACAUUUUAAAAAAUGUUGAACGUGGAUCACUUAGGGUGUGUUGACAGUGUUCCUUUAAGCGAAUUCAAAAACAGAUUUCUGAUCCGAGAUUUGCCGGAUUUCGCGGUCGAAAGGAACGAAAUUUGAUUCGUGAUCUUGGUAACCUUUCGCAAACGCGUGCAGUAUGUAUGACAGCCUGAGCCUCUCAAUUAAUUAUGCGAUUAUACCGUGCAGAAUUUUGUGGUCGGCAGUUCGAAUAACGACGAUGGGGGCAUAAACAGAUCAAGAAAGGAGAGCGUUAAAGUUGAAAAUUUACUUAAGGUUGUCGGCUCAGUUUGAUCCAGUUUCGUAGCUCGGUUUUUUAUGUAACACGAUCGAGUGCCUAUCGCGUCCACAAGUGAGUUUGUAGAAAGAUAGCAGUUAUUUGUCCCUUUACUUAUUUGUGUUUUUAAGCAGUCUUUAGCGACAAAUGGUCAGCACAUGGAUAUUUUACUGUACCACUAUGAACAAUCUUCUAGUGUUUUCAGAUGUUUUACGGCAAAUGUCAGUAGUUAGGAAACUCUACGGGAAUACUUCAACUGGGAAUACAGCUGGGUCACCUGACUAAUUUCGAAUUCACUGUGAAUGGAACAGCGUAGAUCCCUAAUCCGUUAAUCUGGAUUCGGAUUCUUCGGAUUUCAAAUCCAAUGUGAAUCCUUUUUCAAAAAAGAUUCCCCAGUUCAAAAAUCCAAAUUUAGAUUUGCCGAAAGGAACGCGAAAUCCAUUUUAAGAUCGAAAAUCCGUUUUUGGAUUCACCGAAAGGAACACACCCUUAAUUGUGAAUGGUGAUGUAUAGGUGUUCUAUACGCGAAAGGUUAACUGAGAAAUUGCACAACUGUAAUGGUUUCUUUACAACGCAUCGCUAUCCCCCUUUUAAUUGCUAAAAUUCCGACAAAGACAAAAAAUUUUCGUUCCAUUUCCGACAGCGACGUGAAGCAUUAAUAAACACCGACACGAGACGUUUUAAAAUUCAGACGAACGACAUGGGAGCCCCCCCUGGCAGGGCCUCUAGUAUCGCAAUCUCAUGUUGAAGUUUUGAUUGCAUGUGCAUUUUUUGUUUAUUUUUGAUGACAGAGUACUCAAGAUUUCUCGCGGACUUUUAAUUUUAUCACUUACCAAUUGGAAAGCAGUGAUAGGUUAACAGUUUCAUCCUCACUGUAUUCGUCUAACGUUUCUUUGAUAGUCUUUUUUAUUUGUUUUACGUUAUUUGUUUUCGAUAAUAUAGACGUGUUGAGUUUUCAAAACCCUGGACCUCGUGGAUUUGAGUGUAAAAAGGAGAAAUGUCACCCAAGAGUGGUCAGUUUUUUUAUCCUGGACUUAUUUCUGUCACUUUUGUUUUGUUUGUUACGCUUUGAUUUACUAAGAAAAAAUCUAGUCAACAUUGUACGUUUGGACGUCUCCGCCUCCAUGUAAACCGGCUGCUCUAGGAUGAAAAACCUUUCAUAGGACUACUAAAUUUAGAUUCUCAGACGAUUCCUAUAAACUGUUUACGCUAUUUUGAUAGUUUUGCUAAGGCCGCCUCUCGUGUCCUUCUCUAAAUCGAGUGCAAGAUUAAAAUCUCCCACUAUAACUAUAUCAUGACAGCUAAAGUCAGAAAGGUGAUUAAAAAGAUCUUCGAAAAAAGCUGGAUUGUCUUUGUUUGGCGCGUAUACAUUGGCCAAGGUCAUAUUAACAUCAUUUGCUGUUAGGUCACAGAUAAUAAAACGUUGUAAGGUACAUUAUCCAAGGCUUUAACCAUUUUCCUAUCUGCUUUAUUUUUACAUUUUCUAUCAUCUUUGCUAAUAGAAUUAUCUAUAUCAUGUUGCAUAGCUAUUAGAUCUGUUUCAGCUGUUGGUUGGUCAUAGAUUUAUAAUAUUUCUCCUGUUUUUUGAUCAUAGUUCAGUUGGGAAUUUACGUCAUUAUAUGGGCCAGAAUGGUGAUGCCCAGGUAGUUUCCCAGUCAUUUAAUGAAUAUCAAUUCCAGCACCUCAACCCAUUUCUUUUGCUUUGCUUUAUAAUAUUGAUCUUUGUAUAUAUUGAAAUAAUUUAGCAUCUUUUACAGGCAUUUCAUUUACAGGUGCAAAUAACUCAGGAUCAGUUUAUAAUUUGUAACCUUUUUUGUAAUCAACUAUCCAAGGCGAGCCAAAUAUACCCUAUUACAACAAUCCUUCCAUUAUGCCUUUGCAAUCAGGGUUUUACCUCAAUAUUUUCCUUUCGGAGUCCCUAAGACUCCUUUAACCAAAGGUUGAGGGUCCCAGAGGGAACAGUAGGAGUCCUAAGGUUAGCAUUGUUUCAAAUUCCAGGAAAUCUUUGAACCAUUUUCGGGUUUCUUCUAAAAAACAGAAGCAUCACUACAACCGUUCGCAGCCUAACGUUCCAUUAUUGGAAUUUAUCAGCAGCAUGUUGUUCGUAGUCAUAAGAUACACUUUUUAUGCUGAACAAUGUGCCUCCUUGUAAUUUCCAGGGUUUGAUUGUCGAUGCUCGUCUUUGCAUUUGAAACUGUCGCUUGAAAGCCUUUUCUAAGCUUGAGGUCACUGAUACUCAAAAUGUGAUCUUUAGAAUUUUGGCUCCUUUCCAGGGCCAACUUCUGAAGAUUGUUAUAGCCUACGGUUGUGAAAGGGUUUCUAUUACCUGUUGACUUACAGACAUCGCAACCAUGUAAAUUCUUUCAACCAAGCAGGCAGAAAACGCAUCUUUUUCUUAGCGGGCUCACUGGGCUGUGAUUCCGAAUCCGCCAUGUUUUUCCAACUCACUUUCUGUCGCAGAAUGCCUCCCAAUAAAACAUUAGUUCCCAAACCUCUGCAAGGAAUGUCAAAAGUGGUUCCCCGAUCUCGGAACAUCAAAAAAGUAAGCUUGAGAACCAUUCAAAGUGAGUAUGGCUCUUUUUAGUUUUAAAAAGAGUCAGAAAAAAAAGAUUAAAAAGUCUUUAUAUUUCAUUCUCAAAAAAGAUUUUUUGCAGAUCUACGCAGUUCUGAACUAAUUUUUAGUGAACUAUCGCUCUAGAACAUGUGCGUCCUAGAGGACCGGUUCUCUUUGGUGUUUGCGUCUUUUUUUUCUUUUUCGGCUAAACAACGCGUCUCUGACGCGUAUUUGCGCGUAAGGGAAAACCCUGUGCAAUCCAAAUCCUUCCUAUCUGUUUUAUAUCUUUUAUUUAGUCUUAUUUUUGUUGGUAACUGAUCUAACGCUUGACUACCAACAUUUUGAAUCGUAGGGUUUAAUUUAUCAAGAGUAUAAUCAAUUGCUUUUUUCCAAAAUUUUUCAUUUCUCAUUAACUCACUGGCUCCAUAACGACCCAUCUCAACUGCUUUCUUACCCAUCCCAGGAACACCAUGAGUAACAAACAUAUCCAAUGUACUAACUGCUAUAUUAUCUGCUACGCCCGCCCUUUAACACGGGCUAACUGGUUUCGCCGGCUUUUUACGAAUUUGGGUUUUGUAAUACCACAUGAUGCACAAGUGCAGAAAAACAUUAAUGGACCAUUUUUGGCUUUUUUAUAGUCCCUUGGUUCGACACAUUCAGUUUAUUUUCUUUCUUUUACACAAUAUGAUUUAACCAUUGUAUAUGAUUAUAUAUUUUUGAAAUACUUCCCUAUGAAUUCCUCAUUUUAAUGCCAUCAUUUAUAUCAAAUACUUUUAAUCAUAAUAUGAUGUCCUUUGUUCAUCUCAUUAAAAAAAACAAACAAACAAACAAAAAUAACCAGAGUAGUGGUAUUUAAAUUUUGAAUUUGAUUUGAAAAGGGGGCAUAGCAAAUAAAUCAAUCCAGACAUAUAUGAAGGCUCUAAAUUGUAUAUGAUUAAUGUUUGUUUAUGAUUAUAUGGACUUUUUCAUCUCUUGAUAAUACAUGUUUUAUUGGUAUUCUUAAAUAUUUACACCAUUUUAUUAAAUCGAUCAGGAUUGCUUUAAAGCUUGUUUUUAUAAAACGUUUGGUGUAACAAUGUUGCGCCUAGUAAUGGGAUUCCAUUGAACGGGCUGCUUUUGCCUAAUAGAAGCCCUUUUCCUUUUUUCUUCUGAAAUUUUUUUUACUCCUAUACGAACUAGAUUUUUCUAUGUUCCAAUAAAAGGUGGAGGAAUAAGUGCAUAUGGAUUUACAAUACCAUCAUCUUUUUUGCUAGUUGAUGGUAAUGACCUUCUUGUUCUUGAAUGGUCAGAUAUUCCUACUCUUGGAGCACCUUUCCCGCUAUUUUUUUCUAAUGGCCUCAAUAGUAAGUGAAACACCAAUACUAGCGAGUAAUGGCCCCCUAAAGCCUGCUGACUUUGUUUUUCUUGGUUUUACAAUUACUUUUCCACCCGAUUGUAAUGCUCUCAGCAUUUCUUUUUGUUUUUGAGAUAAAUAAAUAAAUAAAGUCUUUAUUGUUCUUUAAGCACAAAUACAUGCUAAAACCAAAACCAUUAAAAAUAGCAGAAAGAAUUACAACUUCCACGUGAAAGCAUUGAAUUUAGCAUUCAAGAUCCACAUUACAUUAAAUAGCUACUCUAUACUUGAAAAAUAGCCUGUUUAAAAAACUACUUUUAAAACGCUGGGUAUUAACCCUAGGGAGUUAACUGCUAGGAACUCGGAGGCGCGCUGAAUUUUCUUUCGUUUUAGGGACGGAAGGGUACAAAUGUUUGUUAUCUAUCAAUUGCUUUAUUUUGUUGUUUGGAAUAAAAAGAACACCAAUUUAUCCACCAGAGAUCAUUUUAACCAAUUGACCGGCCCCUUCACCAGCAAGACCUACCAAUGCUGACAAUCCAAGUGUUUUGCCCAAUGUUGGUGCAAAUGCACGACCUAAUGAUAAAAUUGCAGUUAAUAGACUACCUCCAACUUGUUUUCUAAUAUUGGUUUUAGCUAGUUUUAUAUCCAUUCCUUUUUUCAAUUCACGGUUCUUUUCCAACCUUUUCACAACAUUUGAUGGAACAUACAGCGUAUCAUUUCCAGAUAAAGAGUCCUUCGUGACUCUUAGAACAAUUCUCCCUCAUUUGAUAAGCACUACUAUGAUCCUUUUUUGGUUCUCCGAUAGCUUGAGACUGAUUUUAUAAAGUUGAGUCAUGACUUGUAUAUAUUAUAUGUUAUAUAAUUUUGAAUUAACACAAAAAAUCAAUUUACAUAACAAAUUCUUCACAUAUGUUGCAUUAUGAAGGUUAUCAGUAUCAUAAAUAAUUUUACCCGCUGAUUUAAUCAUCAUCCGCGUUAUUGACCUAUGUGCACCAUUGAUAACUGUUAUUCUAUCAGUAGCAGCAUAGCCUGGUCCAUCAUGAUCAGCUAUUUUUUCGAAGUUGAAAUUGAUGUCAACCGGUCAUUGAUAGUGAAUUUAUAACCAUUCUUUAUUUGAUGUUGAUCGUUACCUGGUAAUCUAAUUACAUCAUCUAAUUAGUAUCUCACAAUGUACACACUUUGAUUCUGUGAUUGAUUUUUUGCUUGGGGAAGUUAUCAUGGCCGAGCUGUAAGUGCGCUGGACUUAUAAUCCGGAGGUUCAAGUCCCGCCCUGAGUGCUACGUUGAUUUGUUCUCGUUAGUCCCGUUUUCAAAUCCAAGGCUGGAUAUGGCCUGGGUGCAACGCCAUAUAACCCACUUUAAUUAUACCCAAAAGAUAAAACACUACAGCAAAUGAAACAAAAAUAAAAGCUACAUGUAAGUGUGCCACGUGGCCAGAAAAAACCUGUCCCAAAAAACCCCGUAGGGAAAAAAGCACAGGAAAUCUGGGGCGGGCCAGGCGCAACUUACGUCCCCCGCCAGGACUCUAAACAACUCAGAACUGCAAUAGACUGAAAGUGACUUAGAUAAGGCUAGGCGCUAACAAUUACACGCAAAUUCUGGAAAAUAUACAGAAUAAAAUAAAAUAUCUCUAUGAAAUACACCUGGACUAAAAGUGACCUAGAUACGGAGAGAACGUCAAGACCAUGCCGAAAAUGCCUAUGCCGGCUUAGUGGGCUCGCACCUCCAACCGGCGUGGAUAUCCUACAAAUCACUAGCUGUUCUCCUACAAGUUGGAUUGGGCGCCGCGUCAAACUCGCGGUCACUUGUGGGUGCGGUACUUACUUAGAAACAUCACUAACUAGUGGCUUAAUAUGUCUCAUAAACUCCUCUCCCAAAUAACGUGAAUAAAGAAACACUUGCACUAGAAUGAAAGUAUAAUAUACCGUACUCCUAAGAUUGAGCUUGGACAAUUAUACGAACUAGUGAAAACGCAGAGGAGGUUUGAGGCCAGAACUUAAUAAAACACUAGGUCACAGCUACGGAACAAGGCCUCAGAGUCCAAAAUAGAUCUACUUUGCGCUUGCAUGGACACAUAAAUCGACAUAAAACUAUUACAUGUAUAUAUUUUAGAUGGAAAACAUCGCGAUUUAGAGGCAAAAUCUGCAGCAAUCGCCUGACAAAACUAACAGAAAGCAGCUACUUAGGCUGAACUGGGUGUGCAAGCCUAGCUUCUUUUGGCGUCCUCUAAUUUAAAGGGAAACUUAAGCAAGGCGUGGCUAACAGAACAAACUUAAAUACCAGCCACUGCAUGGCCCCAAUUUAUACUGUAAAGUAACCUUGUAACCCUGUACCUUUGUAAAGUAACUAACUACGGUUCGCCCUCUACCCGACUGGGAUUCUUAACUUUGUUUUGUAUUUGUUUCAUUAUCGCUGGAAAACUCCAUAAAGGUAGAGGAUAAUCAAUUAUUUAAAUUGAAUUUAAAUUUUGACGCGCUAUAGCCCAUGUUCUCUGCUGAUAAGCAUGUAUUUGAUUUCAGAAACAACUGCGUCACCACCCGAAACAAAUGCGACCUUUUCGCAAGUUACAAAUGGAACUCCUCGCCCGUCUGUCGAAUCACCAAUUCUUAUUGCAGUGUUGGCGAGUGUCUUUUUUAUAGUGCUUUUUGGAAUUGGCGUUUAUCUUUACCAGCGGAAGAUGAAAUUAGCCAGAGAAGGUAACCACGGUCUUGUUAACAGUCCCACGCCAAAUGAAAUCACUGUGGAAUACAGGGCUCAUGACCCGUCCGUUGGUGGCUCCCUAUCGUCUUGCGAAUCAACUGCUCCACUGACGCGGCAGCCAAGUCUGCGCUCUAGACUUGCUUCUAACCUCACUCAGGUGUCCGAAGAGGACAUGCCACUGGACGAAAAAUGGGAGAUCGACAGAGAGCUUAUCCGCCUGCAGGAAGUUCUUGGAGAGGGCGCUUUUGGCAGAGUUAUGAAGGCAGAGGUGGUCGGAAUGCCCAAUAUGCCCUUCAGAUUAAAUGUAGCGGUGAAAAUGCUUAAAGGUAAGUUUUGUAUUCUAGCAAUCACUGGAAAAGACACUUCCGCUUUCAUUGCGAGCUUUGUUACGAUUAUUGUGUUGAAGUGUAGCAUACGGUUUCUUUAAUUCUGUUCAACACAACGAGCGUGCGAUUCCGACAGAGUAUUCCCUUCCCGGCCUUUCUUCAAGUGUGUUUCUUUCCUUUUCCUUGGAAGCAAUGCUUUCUCCCAGCUUAUCGACUUCUUUUUGUGAUUUCCCUUUCUGUUGUUGUUGCUUUAGUAUUUCAUAAAGCUCUUUUUUAACCUGUUCAAAAUAGUAUUGCAGAUUUUUGAAAAGUUUCAGUCUUUGCAGUUCACUUUCACUUUCAUGUUCUUCAUCAAAAGCAUCAAUCUUGGCUUGGGUUUGUUCGAUUUUGUUUCUCAGCUUUUGCACCUCGUCAUUGGCUCGUUGGCGAUCGGUGGAAAUUCUUCCCUUCUCUCGUAGUUGUUUUUUCCGUCUCUCUUAAGCGUUGUCUUUCUUCUCUGGUCGAUUUAUUGUCCUCUGCAAUGAUAUCUUCGGCUUUUGGGCCAAGAGCAUUUUUGAAUCUAUCUGUGAAGGAUUUAAGCAUGUCCGAAUUGUCUUUCUGGAAAAUGUUGGACUCGCCGCCCUUUCCCCAAACGAAACUAUUUUAGCUUCAUCUCCUAUUUUGCAAAACCCGAUUGGGCCAAGUUUGGCGACAUUGACUUUCGGAAAUCUUCUUCUUCUUUUGAAAAAAAUAUCUCCCCGCUCCAAAACACAUUCCUCGCCUCAAAUUCGAUGAGUCCACGCCAAAUGCAGUUUACCAUAGUUUAGACGGUUGUUUUAACUGAUCUCUUGCAAACUGGGUUAAAGGCUACAACCACGCUGCGCAGGUCAUCCAAUAACCCAAAUAAAUAUCGACGAUGCCACCAUCUCUACUGAUAAUGAGCCUUGUUCUCAAAACCGGAUCAAUAACCAACCUAGUUUUCGUAUCCCAAGUACCAGGGGAUUUAAGAUAGCUACCCUAAAUAUAGCUAGUCUAUAAAAACAUAUCGACCAACUUAUAGCCUAUAUGUCUACUAAUUUUUUUGACAUCUUAUCUAUAAAUGAAUCUCGCCUUGAUUACACCUCAAAUGGUGAAAUCAACAUACCAUUGAGAGGAAGAAUAGAAGUAGAUCAGGUGGAGGUGUUGCUCUUCAUUUCAGAAACACAAUUAACUACAAAUGUCUCCCACAUCAAGAGGAUGAUCUUGAAUUUCUCUUUAUUCAAGUAUCUAAAUUUAAGUUAAGGCCCUUCAUUGUAGGAACGUGGAAUAGGCCCCCCUGGGUCUGCAAUAGAAUUUAUCCCAAAAUUCGAAUCCACUUUGAAAGAACUGGAGGGCUAUGGGCUGGAGGUUAGUAUCACUGGAGACGUAAACUGUGAUGUAGGUGCCUCGCCACUUGACCACAAAACCCAGAAGCUCCUGGACAUAGGCAAUAUUUAUCAAUAUAGUCAACUGAUAAGACAGCCUACACGCAUAACUUAAGACACACGUAGCACAAUUGAGUUGUUUCUAACAAAUGAUCCUCAAAGACUUUCCCAUAGUUGGGUUUCUGACCUUUGGAUAAGUGAUCAUUGUCUCGUGUAUGCAAUUAGAAAAAUCAGCGUACUUAAAUCUACUCCAAAGAUUAAAACAAGUAGAUGUUUCGAAAAAUUCGAUCCACUAAGCUUUAGAAAUGACCUUGCAAUGGCACCAUGGUACCUUAUUGCAGCUGAAAGUGACCCAAGCAAGGCAUGGGGUAUAUGGAAACAAAUUUUUGAAUACAUUGCUGACAGUCAUGCUCCUCUAAAGAAAAAGAGAGUAAGGGGAAAUUCUGUCCCGUGGAUUACACCCGAACUGAAACACAAUAUGUUUGAACGGGACAGGCUUGAAAAAGUGGCUUCAAGAUCUCAAAGUGAUACUGACUGGACUAGAUGCAAACAGCGAAAAAACAAAGUUAAUCAUACUAUCAAGGAAGCAAAAACAGCGUUACUAAAGUAAUUAUUUUAGGGAUAACUCUGGAAAUAUCAAAAACAUCUAGAAAGGAAUAUACGCUAUGCUAGGGAAUGAAUCUAAAUCCACAGCAAUAAACGAAAUUAAAAACCAGAGUUACAUAGUCAUACCUAUAAAUCUCUUAGGGGUAUCAGUAGGAUUUUAAACAAACAUUUCUCUGAAAUUGGACCAACUUUGGCCGCUGAGAUUCCAGACACACCCAUAAGGUGCACGGAUUAUAUUAAACCCACUUUUCUCAAACCAGCUGCUUGUGCUGAAAUUUUUAAAGGAGCUGUGUCACGAAAUUCAGCCAAAUUAAGAAAUUACAAAAUGCCCGUUAAGUUAAUAGAAACAUAAAAAUAACCGCUUAAAACUUUAAAGGAAGGUUAAAAUAACAUAACAGAAACAACAGAUGUCAUGGAUGGGCAAAACUGAAAAAGAUUGAAACGGAUUGAAAUUAGCCUAACAGUUUUUCAAAGUUGAUCCCUGCUGCUUGCAACUUCAAUAAUAAUGCUCAGGAGACAUAUUUGUUUGUCUCGGGUCCCUGAGUUUGUCAUUUACAUGUAAUUUCCUCGCCUACUUUAAGUUCCAUAGCAAUCAAAGGCGAGUAAUUGGCAAAAUUAAACAAAAUAAACUGGACUGCCGUGACACAGCCCCUUUAAAUUCAUCAACAAUCUUCCUUUAAACAAAGCUAGUGGGCUUGACAACAUAUCUGUAGGCCUCUUAAAAGAGGCAGCUCCAAUAGUUACCUCUUCUCUGACUUUCAUAAUCAGUCUUUCAAUUCUGAAAUUGUUCCAGACGAAUGGAAGCAUGCCAGAGUUUCCCCAGUUUUCAAAGAGGGUGCCAAAGUUGACCCUAGUAAUUACCGACCAAUCUCAGUUUUACCUGUUGUUAGUAAACUGGUUGAGAGAGUUGUAUUCAAACAAUUGUAUGAGUACCUAACCUAUAAUAACCUUCUGACAGAAUCACAAUCAGGUUUCAUGCCAAUGUUUUCCACAGAAACUUCCGUAUUAUGCACCUAUCAAUGUAAAGCCGGCGGGGAGGGGGGGGGGGGGCAUGGGGUGGGGAUUUGACAUUUUUCAAAAAUUUGCCGUCAAAUUCCCUGCCCACGGGCAAAUCAUUCCAGUCAAAUGCAACCAAAUUUCCCCACCUCAGGCUGCACAUUGCUACCAAAUAUCCUAAGGCAGAACCCAAGAAAGGCACAAUGAAAAUAUCUCCAAAUAAAACUCUGCAAUCUUUAUUUAUAAACGUUGCUGCAUCACCGAAGAUACAUGUUCCUGUUACGACUGCAAUUAUACGUUUUAACAAUAAUCCGUGUUACACUGCGUAGAAUACAGAAACCUAUCAGGAGAAAGUCCACAUUUUGUAAGUUUAAAUAUACCAUUCUUAGUAUAUUUAGGGUACAAAGAAAGUCACUUUUACAAGCUUUAUACAGUGAUUGUAGCGAAUGAGCCAUACACUGAUCAACUGUACUAGCAAAAAUCGAAUUGGUUGCUCUUUACUUCCGUUUACUUUGAUACCACAGUAUCUUAAGAGGUUCAAUUGAUCAAAAACACGCUAAAACGAACGAAAUUUGAAGACAAAACUGUGAAAUCCACCCAGCUUUCGCUUGUUCUUGUUGACCUCCAUGAUUUCCAGAUCUUUCCAGACCGUACGGCGCAUGCGCGAAGCGUGGAAGUGGGAAACAUAUGUUCGGUCUCAGUCUUUUUCGUCCGAGUCGGCAGUCAAAUAUCUCCAUGUCGAGCGAAGAAAGAUUCAAAUCCUCCCCUGGGAGAAGAAGAUCAGUCAAAUGCCCUACCCCAAGGUCAACAAAGACAAUCAAAUCCCCACCCCAUGCCCUGCCUCCCCCUCCCCCCCACGCCGGCAUGACAUUGAUAGGUGCAUUAGAGGACACAAAUGAGCGGAUUAAGAACAUUGAUUAUAUCUCUCCUAAAUGUUGUGAUAUUUUUGGAUCUAAAGAGAGCCUUUGACACCAUGGACCAUGUUAUUCUCCUACAGAAACUCGAGUUUUAUGGAGUUAGAUCCCAAACACUAGCAUGGUUUAAAUCAUUACUGGGCGAAAAAAGAAAAGUUAACAGUGAAGUUUCUGAUUUCUGUCUGUUAACAAGUGGAAUUCCUCAAGGAUCAAUUCUUGGCCCCUCUUGUUUGUUUUAUAUAUAAAUAACCUUCCCUUGUGCCAACUGUACUCAAGGCCCAGAAUGUAUGCGGAUGACACCACUUUAACGUGCUCAGCCGAAAAUGCUGAUACUUUACAAGUUAAAAUGAAUUCCGAUCUAAGCAAAAUUCCGACAUGGCUUAAGGUGAAUAAGCUUACUCUAAAUGUCAAAAAGACCAAAUACAUGUUGAUUGGGAGUCGUCCUAAACUUGAACUACUGUCAGACAAUUUCAGAGUUAAGGUUAAUAACAUACCCAUGGAAAGGAUGAUUGUUUAUAAAUCUCUUGGAGUCUCAAUUGAUGAAAAUAUCAUCUGGAAAACACACAUUGAUGAGAUUUGAAAAAAGAUAUCGGCAGGCCGAUCAGUUCUAAUAGUCAGGUCUCUUAGUGCAAAAUAUAGGCCGGAUCGUUACAGACGUGACAAAAGUGUCAAAUUUAGCACAGAGCUUCCUUAGCACCUACCGAUUAAUACUGGAGGGCGUGCCCGUUACAAAUUGUUCUAAUUACAGAUAAAAGGGUUCCCUGUGGUGAGUAUUCUUCUUGUUUGAUUUCCCCAAAAACAUUUGUUUCAAAUUUUUAAGUUUUUUAUUUGGUAAUGUUUAGUUGUUGUUACACUAUUCAUAAUAGUUUUACAUGUACAUAAUACUGACUAGUGCCCAGUCUGCACACGAUAAAUGUGGCCAUGUUCACCGUGCGGCUAUGAGUGACACUGCUAAGACUUGCGAGUGAUAAUAUCAUUACAUAUCAAUGUAAACAGAUCACAAAGCCAGGUUUCAAAGACGUCAUACAAUAACGUAAAAUCCAAAUGUAUCACAUCCUAAACGAUAGAAUCGUUAAAUUUUGACAUGCUACGUGAACGACCUCAUGAACCGUAACUGACAAUGCGCCCACUUUGUAAUUGUGUAGCUAAGAUUAGAUUAUAAUUUGCUUCGUUGGUAACCCUGUCCUUGAGAUAAUGAUUAAAACAUGUCAGCCUCGUCCUCAGGGGGAAAAGGAGGAGCAAGGGGGGCACAGUUGGUUAGUUCGCAGCCUUCAGUGCGCGAGGUCCCGGGUUCGAUCGCCGGUGUCAACACAUCCCUAUUUCAACUUCUCUCCUUUCUGUGUAGCUUUGAUAGCUUUGAAUACCCUUAAAACGGAGCAUUAAUAGAGAGGGGGGAGGUAAAAGAGGCACACCGUCGACCUCAAGUUUAUCAGUUAUUAUUACUGUCACGAGUUAUUGACGUAAAAUAUGGUCGCUUUACCUUUUUCUAGGAAUUUUUAACACUCUUUCUUUUUUUACGCAUUUGCAUUUAAAAAGAAGUGUAUGAGGAUCCUGCAUGCCUAGACACCUUUUUAGGAGCUCAUUCACUUAAGAGCCUUUGCACCAGAGUGUUAAUGGUAGGUCUAUACGACCUUUUUAAAAAAGGGAAGGUCGUCGCGUGCGUUACAAUUUACAAAUAAAUUAACUUCAGAAGAGCUGAAAUCUACAGGAGCAAGAACUCAUUUGGCCAACCAAUGAUGCAUCAUUUAUGAAAAUGAAUGUAAUUUCUUUGAUGCAAUUAGGCGAAUUCCCCGUGGUUACGAAAUCUUACGAUCAUGAAUUCGUCAAGAGCAAUUCAGUUACCAACUUUUCACAAAAUAAUGCUGUGGAAAAUUACAGAAAAUGCCAAAAAAAGCAAGGGUCAACAAUAAUUAUGGCCUGGUCCCUUAUAAUAAUGGAGUGGUCAUGAAAAAGAAACCCAUCAGCCCCAACUUUGACCACUCAAACAGAUUUCUGACAGAUUACAUACCACAAAACUUUGCAUUCACUUAUGCCUACGUUGCCACACCAGGAGCCUAGAAAUCGGCUUCUGGUCACACCUUGUUUUUAUUGCUGAAUUUCAUUCUAAAGAGUUUUACGAAAUAUUUUGUUAGUAGGGGUGAUUUUAACAUGAUUGAAAUUUAUAGAUGGUGACAAAAACGAACACAAAAAAAGUCACAAAACGAGACGCACGAAACAACCGCAAUCUAAUAUUCGUGUUACACCGAUAUAUUAAACGGCUCCUUUGGCUGCUAUGCUGACGUUCUUGAAGAUGGAAGUAGUAUCACAGCUAGUCCCGGUUGGUCAUACCGUUUAUUACCAGUUUCACGGUUCCUGGGACUUCAGUAGGGCCUGUUAACAUAAAGGUGGGGGACCCCAGGUAGGUGAGGUAACCUGCUUAGGUGAGGUAAAAAAAUAACCCUCCUUUACAUGCAAUCUUACAACCCCACCAUCCUGGGGUGCAGUUUCGAUUCUCAAGAUUAUUGAAUGGUCGCUAAGCACGUAAACAAGAAAACCACGUGUACGCUCACUUGCUGCUCUUGCUGCAACCUUCAGGUUUGUCACCUUUAAUAAUUAUGUGAAGCCACCCAGCGCCAAAGUGAAUUUUGCGCGAAUUUGAUGCAUCAGCACGAAUCCAACCACGACUAGCCUGGGUUACCUCACCUUGAAACGUUGAUAUGGCAAAAUUUGACCUCAGCUGAGAGGAUUACCUAGUGUGGCAGACCGGGCUACCCACCUUGAAGGGUCACCCCACCUAUCAUGUAAACGUGAUCAAAUUAAAAUGAGAGAUUAUAUGGACAGGCGGGUUACCCCACCUAAGUGGGUUACCAUGCCUACCUGGGGUCCCCCUCCUCCAUGUAAACAGGCCCUAAAAGUUAGCCCGGUCCCCUUUCUACAGUUUCAGCAGUUAAACCAUUCACCAUUUAUCAUUUGAGUCAAUCUUGUACCACUUGAGUCUCACUUUUACGACUUGAUAAGCUGUUAUUAUUUUUGGACAUGUGUGCUUCAGUGCCAGAUGUUAGAGGCUUCAUGAUAAACUGUGCUGUUUUUUGAAGCUUGGGCUAACUUAUUUCUUUUUUUCGUUUAUGAGACCAGAUUCUUUCUUGUUUGUUUUUGCUUUGCAAAGCUUAGACAAACUGCGGAAAUCGUAAAUGAUAUGACUUGUUCCUCGGUGCUUGCUUCUCUGUCAAAAUAUGCACGUGUGUCCAGCAGAUAAAGAGAGACUGAAAGGCAUCCAGGUCUAUGUUAAGCUGAAAAUUAAUUACCUCCUUAGGAAAGAACUAUUUUGGGUUCUGUCAUUUCGUUAUUUGCUCUUCAUGAACAGCUGUCAUAAAUCCCUGAUAAUAUGUGAUACAACAGACUCUCUGACAAUUUCUUUUUUCUGAAAUUUUGUGUGUGAAUCGCUAUGCCAUACACCUUCUUUAGCUUAAAGUGACAGGUAAUGACAAGUAAUACUUGAUAAAUAAGGUUUAAGCCACACAAUGAGGCCUCCUCUAAUUGAAAUACAUUAGAAAAGGAGAAGAGAAGAUUGAGUGAUUUAAGGUAUAAAAUAACAAUUUUCAAUCAAAACACCACAUGGACCCCAACCGGUGAAAUUUACAAUAAUUAAAUCCUGUUUAGCACGCUUCAGUGGCAUAUUUGCAUUGGGCACCCCCUCUAAUAUUCAUGGUACUGCAAUAAGCUAUCGCUGUGCAAAGUUUGGUGCUUUUGUCAACUCUGUAACGAUCCUGACCUUAAGAGACCUGACUAUAAAGCGGAAGUCGAACGAUAUCGUUCAAAACUAGAGAAAACAUGUACAAAGCCCUUAUCGUGCCCUGUUUUGAUUGCUUUAGCUGUGUAUGGGGAUAUAUAGGGAAAGUAUUAUCAAAAAAACUUCAGAAACUCCAAAAUAGAGCUGCUAGAAUGGUGAUUUUUUCAAAUAAUUAAACACGAUUUAAAGAUUUAUUGGAUAAACUGACUAUAAAGCGGAAGUCGAACCAUAUCGUUCAAAACUAGAGAAACCGUGUACAAAGCCCUUAUCGUGCCCUGUCUUGAUUGCUUUAGCUGUGUAUGGGUAUAUAUAGGGAAAGUAUUAUCAAAAAAACUUCAGAAACUCCAAAAUAGAGCUGCUAGAAUGGUGAUUUUUUCAAAUAAUGAAACACGAUUUAAAGAUUUAUUGGAUAAACUGGGUUUGGAAGUACUAGAAGAUACAAGAGUAAGACAAUUCGUUAUUCUAAUGUACAAAAUAACUCAUAACAUCUCCCCGCCGUAUGAUGAAUCUCUCUGACGUAUUCACUCUUAUAAUCUAAGAAAUUCAUGAGUAGACUUGUAUCUUCCUAAACCCAAGAUAGAGAUAGGGAAACAUAGCCUUCACUACAGAGGAUCGGUCCUCUGGAAUAAACUUCCAAUGGAAGCAAGAGAACAGGAAAGCUUAGACCUUUUUAAGUCAUUUUAUAGAGAUAAUGCUUUUUGCGAAGUCAUGUAAAUAUUGUCUUCGCAGGGAGCAUAAAUUAAAUUAUUUUUAGUGAGUAUACACAGCUGUCAUUUUAGUGUUUGUAAUUAGAAUGUAAUUUUAAAUACAACGUUAAUUACAAACGCGGGACUUUGAAAUGGCCACAGCUGCGUCGGGUCGACCUUGGCAUAGAAUUCAUGGGCUCCGUCACGAAAGAAAUGGAAAAACACAAAACAAACAUUCGCCGUGGGCGCACGAAGAUUCACCGGGACCAAGCGAUGGUGAAAAGAUAUAACCGCACCCUUGCUAAGCGCCUGUUCGGGCACCAAUAUGGUGUUGAAAUGCAACCUCCUGAAAGCCAAAGAUAUUCCGAAUGGGUCGUUCGGCUUCCCGUAUUGGUCUCUGCUCUGAGCGGAGAAGUCACUCGCCUCACAGGCAAAAAACCCGUUGCGGCCAUCAAAGAAAAAGCCGUUUAUUCCAAACCCUCUAUUCCUUAUCACAGACCUGUUAGUGUGCGGGAAAAAAUGGCUCCUUUCCGAUACAGCUGUGCGCUAUCUCUACCAACCCGGCAAGCUUAAAGGCGGAGGGAAAAGAGCCACAGAUCCGAUCUGGUCUUUGAAAGUCUAACACAUCGAAAAACCGUCACCAAAUCUAAUAAGCCGUUUUGUGUUAUUUGCACGAUGGGCUCAAACGUGGCUUCGUUCGCUAAGAGCUGCUUAUCGUGCAUGCCGACACCGAGCUUCCGCCGCUUGAGAGAUGAUAGUCGAUCGGCUCGCCAAUCUCUUCCAAAUCUUGAAGCCACACCGAGCGCAGAUGUUUCCUCAAGGCGCUUUCACUCCUUGGGUACUUCAUGAUCGUGUGCCUUUCCAAAGCGUCGAUCACCUUACCAAACGAGCUGUUCCCCAAAAGCUUGAAUACCUCGGCAAACAAUGCCUGCUCUGAAUUUUGAUCGCCCUUACCCCUGUUCUCCGUAACUUUGUUCACGAAGAACGUGAAGAUUUUUUGCGGAACAUAAUCAAUGGUUUGGUGAACAGUUGUAAUUUUCAAACUAUGGUAGAGAUACCAUUUCAGCAGCGGCACGUGCAACAGAAUCUUUUGGGCUGAAAGGCUGCCAACCAGUUCUCGUUCGUCGGGUUUGCGUUUGCUGUUUGCCAAGUAGUCUUUCAUGUGCUGCGGUAUAGACUCGCUUGGAACGGCUUGUUUUAAAACAACGGCGGCAUUUCUUCGAACUUCGUCCAUAACUCUCUUGGCACCUCGAUGUCCACGUAGGCGAAUCCAAACCAUCUGUCUCUCUGCAGAACUUUGAUAAACUUUUCGUCGCUCCGUGGCGUUUGCGCCCAUUGCGCAACGACCUCCAUUGUGCUUGGAUACAGCGCGUUGGCGUCGUAGGCCAGAACUCUUGGACACAUCUUCGCUUCUUAGAACUUGUGCGUACGCAUUGUCGUUUUCGACAAAACACCUGGCUCGGCUCCCCUGACAACCGCGCCUUUGAGAAUUUCGUAGGCCUUCUCCCCUGGGGCGUACAACUCCGUCUCUUUUGUUAAGCGUACGACGCAGGAGAUAUUUCAUCGAGACUCCCGGCAGAGGUACCGCAUCUUUGAAAAUAUCUGUUCCCAGCCCGGUGUAGGAAUCUCGGAUUGACCCCAAGGCUUCAAGAAAAGGCUCGAAAUCCAGAUUGUUGUGAAAGCGCAACAAGUCCUUAAAAGUUCGCAUCCCUUUUUCCUGCCAGAUUCGCUGACUAGCCCUGUACGCUUCUUCGGAGAGAGUCAUCUUAUUUUUCAGCUUGGAAAACCACUCUUCGUGCGGCGGCAGCCUCGGGAAGUCCAACUUUUCGGCUGUGUCAAACCACUCGUAGGGAAACCACAAUUUGGAGAGCUUGGCGCCGUACGUUUUCACUCAUUUUUCAUGACCGGUGCCGGGGCUGAUGUAGCAACAGAUUUUCAGAAACGUCGCCGUUGACCUGUACAUGACCUUGUUCUGUUUUUUGGCCAGUUUGACAUCACUGUCUUGGGGGAUUUGGGUCACAAAAGGCUUUUUUUUUUAUUAGAAUCAAAUCACAUUGCCCGGAGUUGAAACCCAAAACUAGGGUAUGAAAAAAAACAUUGCGUUUUUGUUGCUGCUUCGGCAGAAAUUCGAUUUCCUCUGGAAUGUAUCGCCGCAUGUCUUCUUCGAUGGCCGCGGCCCGACACUCAAGCGCCUCUCAGAAUCUCCGGAUCAGCUCUUUGGGAUCUUUGCUGCUGAUGUGCUCUUGCGCUCUAUCCAAAUUGUUUGCCAACGAAACAGACAUCGGUACGUGCUCGCUUUCGAACUACGUAUCCUGGAUCGCCUGCUUGCGUUUGCUCGUGUCCAGCAACGCCUCGCGCCGACAUCGAACACUAUGGCAUGCGGAAAAGUGUCCUUUUUCUUUUUCGGAUACAGUGGUCUUUCUUUGAAAUCGUGCUCCCAACACUCGAUCAGUUCGAAACCCUCGUCAAGAAUCGCUCUCUUUCUAUCCAACGUUCUUGCAAACUGCAUCUCUCGUGUCAGCCCUCUCCUGCCUUGCUUUGUUUUUUCGAAAGCGACCACUUCCUUGCGCCGUCCUGGAAAACACUCUGGCCAGCCAUGCCAAUGGCAGCCAUGGAACUGAAACACCUCGUUUGUUUCACAACAAAAACCAUCCCCUGGAUAUCCUGCAAUUCUUCUUUCCCCAGCUUGGCCACACAUUUGAUGAUGGAUAUGCACACCCCUCCGUUGGACCUCGUGUUCCAUCCAACUGACCACUUUUCCCGCAUACUCCCUGUGGCCGUAGAAUGCUUUUUCGUAAGCAGUUUCGGGCGGCUGGAUUCGCUCUCUUCGACACACCACCUUAGACAUUCCUCUCGUACAAACCUCUGCAUGCCGCAGCAAAUGGCAUGCUUUGGAGAAUCUUGCUUGACAUUCGGCACAUACAUAAUGUUUCGUCACUUUGUCGGGCUUCGUGAUCAACAAAGCGUGCUCUUCGUAAAUGCCGAUGUCCAUCUGGGGCACCCGCAUCUUGUCAAAGCGUGAAGGUAAAUAUUUCAAAGCAAAGGCUCCUUCAGCGUCAAUUUCAUAUCCUGCAAUCCCCUGCUGGAAAUGAUUUUCGAUAAAAGGAAAAUGCCUUUUGUAUAUCUGUCCUCGAACUCGAUUCUUGUCGAUAAUGCUUGCGGCCAACUCGCGAGUUUUUCUUGUGUUACGAACACGAUGCGCACCUUGAUGAACCGCAAUGCAUCUGAAAAUACAAAGCUCUUCGGCGUAAUUAUCAAGCGCCAACAAACCUCUUUUGGUUCGAAGCCAAUCUGGCAAUCGCCCCUCUCCAGCAUGCAAAGGAGCUUGCAGAUCCUCGAUAAUUUGUACCUCAACCAUAAGGUUCGCCUUAAAAACCCAUAUUUGUGUCUGGGCGCUCUAUGUUUUUGCUCUGGGGGCGGUUUUCUUCUUGUUCUUCCAAACACAGUCUCGCUUCCGACAUUCUUGGAGUCAAAUCGUUGUUUACAUCUUUGAAAAAACGCCAUUUCGCGAUUCUUCUUCCCCUUUCCACUUCAUCCUCCCCUGAAAAUUCCGCAAUCAGGUUAUUCUAAAGAGGUGGAAGUGUAGCUUCGGCACGUCCUUCCAAAAUAUCAAUCCACUUUGUUGGCGCUGAUUCGUCUUCUUCAUAAUGCUUCGAAUGAAAGGGAUCAAAUCUUUUCACCCCCUUGCAGGUUUGGUGUCUUGAAUAUUUUUGGUUCCCAUAGGCCGUUUUGGCUGAUAUGCCCCGGGAAAAAGCAGGCUCAGAAGCCUGUGCUUUGUUUCGGUGGCGAUCGGUUCACCCAAAAUAUUUUAAAUCACAGUUUGAAGUGAUGUUUCUGCAUUCCCUUCCUUCAGAGGCCACUCCACAUCAUCGUCCGUCGUAAAAUCGGAACUCAGAGCGUUCUUUGAAGCCAUUAUGCAAACAUUUUGCCAAUCUCUAAUAUGCUGCUCGCGAUCUGUGUGCUCCAAAGCAAAUGCGAGAAAACUGUUCGCCGUGGCCGGACCCGCAGCCAGGGUGUGCGGCAUUAUCGGCAAAUUCAUUCUCGAGAAGAGAUGCCCGCAUGUGUAUACUUUUUUUGCCCUCGUGGACUACGCAGGGCGAGCGACGUGAUCCCUCUGUAAGUGUACACCUUUUGACCCCGACUCUACUACUUCUCGCCAUAUUUGACUUGUUAAAAGUACAUGUAUGAGUAGACAAGUGUUUAGAAACGUGCUGGAGGUCUUCAAAAACUUCCAUUUUUGUACUAUGAGCACAACGCCAGAACACCUGAAAAUGCGUUUUUUUUUCAAACGAAAACAAAUUAGCGUGGGGGAGGUCAUAGAAUACUUAAAUAUUUAGCAUUAGGACUGUAAUGCCAAUCUCUUGUAUUUCAGAGAAUACCACGGAACAGCAACACACAGAUUUUAUAUCAGAGUUGGAGCUAAUGAAGACCAUUGGAAAACACAAGAACAUAAUCAAUUUGAUUGCAGCCUGCACUCAAGGAGGUUAGUUGACGGAGAAAACAUGUCAUGUUUAACUGCCGCGACUGGUCUUUGACCGAGUGGAGAAAUUGGAGUUUUCUUUUACCGCAAACAAGGGAGAAUUUAUCCCUUCUGUAUACUUGACUGACUCUCUUUGCCAUGCUGGGGAAUCUUUUUAUCAUAACGUUAUGGCUAAGAUUGAAAAAUGGUUAUGAGAACAUUGUAUCCAGCCUGAGACAAAAAUAUAAAAGCACUUUUAUUCACGUCUGCACUUGUGUUUGCUUAAAUCACGGUAGGUAUUCGGAAGUUAUAUAUUACUUAAAGUAAGAACAUUGCAGAUCAUUUCAACAAGACAAAAAAAAGAAUUUCCAAGAUUUCGCAAAAUUAGACGUGUUUUUUUUUUUAAUAGAAAAAUGCAUUUUUAAAAUGGUAAACUGUUAUCAUUUCUCUUUCCUCAGGUCCGCUGUAUAUAGUUGUAGAAUACGCUCCAAAUGGUAACUUAAGACAAUUUUUGAGAGACAGGAGGCCAACCAGGGAAUACCCCACAGUAUUAACAGCGUUGAGAGAGAGAAGGCCAGUGAGAGAGAGCGGUUCACCACUGACGUACAUGGACCUGGUUUCCUUCUCUUAUCAGGUCUGCAGAGGAAUGGAAUAUCUUUCCUCGAAAAGGGUAUGUGUCAAGGUGUGGUAGUUUUCAGAUGACUGAAUGAGUGAGCGUCUUAAUCACAUUAUGCCCAAACUCGUAAGGAAAUGCAUUCACUUCAGGAUAGCUCAGUCGUUGUUGUCGGUACAAAUUUUAUGCUAUAGCACACUUGAGACGCACGUGAAAGUAGUUUAUUACUUUGUACUGGAAAGGUUUCGAGCCUCUCCGAGAUGAGCUGUACAAUUUAUUUUAUUCACGAUUCUGGCCGUCUUUUGCAAGCAAGCUAGAGCACGUAAGUAUCACUGCAUUGUCCAAGGGGGUAAACAGGAAACGAAAGCUGCCAAUACAAGCAGUAAAGUGUGUGGUCCUUGGUCCGCGACUAAAAAUUAUUAUCAUUAAUAUUUUACCUGGAUCAAAUCGUAACGAGCUGAAAUAACCCUUGCAAUGAAGAUAGCUUUUACGUUCCUCUCAAUAUUUGUGAAGUUGCAAGUUCGAACCUUAAGUAUUUUGCUUGUAAUUCUAAAAAAGGCGACCGUGCUCUAUGGUCCUUGGUCCGCGACUCAUGUAAGCAGCACGAAAAAAACGUGAGAAUGUUUGAACUAGCAAAGUCAUAAACAUUUUUAAACAGUUAGUGAAAUGCCGAACCGGCAUUACUAACUUAAUAAAGGUAAAGGAGAAAAAAUGCUACUAGUAGGAAGGAAAGAAAAGGAAAGGAAAGAAAGAAAGACAAAAAGCACACAGACUCGAUUGCCAGGAUUCGAGCUCGCGCUUCUCGGCCAGCUGUUAGCUUCGCGUGCCUGAAACUUCACCACGCAGCUAAAACAUCUUUUCUUCAAUGGCCGACUUUCGUGAUGUAGUAUCGGUGCUGCCAGCAGCCCGACUAAUAAAGGCAAGUAGAUCUUUGUGGCUGAACAAAAAGCUAAUCGACCGUUAGAAAUCAACGAGUCUUUCCUGGCUUUUCGAUUGUCAUCGUAGUUGAGCACGCAACAUUACUGCUACGGCUACUUGUGAAUUGAUUGGCGCCAAAAAAGGGCGCAAUUUUCAGUUUAAUUUUCUUUCUUUAAGUCAUUCUGCAUAUAUUACAUUCCACACAAUUAUGUCAUUCCGCAAGCCAUGCCACAUGCCAUUCCGCAAACUCAUUCCACCUUUUACCCUCACCGCUGUCGGGCGGGGUUGAGAACUGGAAGGGCAAUUAACCUACCGCGAAUAUCGUCGUGAAGGCCCCUACUUUGUUCUUUCUUUUCGUCUUCUUCUUUUUUGAGUAUUGUGUGGUGUAAAUUAAAGUAAUUGUCUGAAACCUGUCGUCGGUAAGCGAUGAAGUGAGUGAAAGAGUGAAUUUCAAAUCGAGUUCAAUAUUAAACUUAACUGGUUCAUACAUGAGCGUUUCGCGAACUUAUCAAAUCAUUUUCAAUUUUUGGUUCCCUCGUCUGUAAAACGUUUUAGUACCAAGGGAGAACAAAUAGCUAUUCAUCAAUUAAAUAACUACAACAAAGCUUGGAUAAAUACAAAUUUAGCCAAAACACCGACUUUAUUUACCCAGGCGGUGUGCGUCAUGCCCACACAGGUUCAUGGGUAAAAUUGUUGCUGUCCGUCAUUUCAAUCGUGAAACGGUCGACUUCGCAUCUUGUGAGAGAGAUGAAUCAAACCCAGGGAUCAAAACACUGCUUCCUUUUCUGAAAAACAUUACGAAAGAGAGCGAUUUGGAGAAUUUUCAAGAUCUCAUAGUGGCCUUGGAUGCUUUCUAUGAGCUUCUUAAGGCAAUUUCAAUAAGUUUAUCUCGAUUCGGACACGAUUGAAGGUGCGAUCUGGCCGAUUUUAAGGUGCAUUGUGAUUCCCUAGUAAAAGAAGAUUGUACAUGAAACUUGGUACACUGAUGUAACAAGUCAAGAAGAUGAUAAAAGGGUAAUAAAAAGUGGGGGUCACCGUGCUCUUUUUGACGUCACAAUGCUGACAAAUACGGCUAUUUUGGACCCUUUGACAAAAACCGCGCGCAGCCCAAAACAAGACAAAAAGGAAAGAUUUUUUCAAUGAUGUAUGUGGUAUCGCACAGCAUUUAUCCACUUACGUACCAGAAAAAUGCCUUUUAAUGCUCUUGUUUUUACUUUACGCUCCAAAGUAGAAUUUAAUUGGACACGCGCUAUUCGACACGUGAUAGCUAAAUCCGUACAAUUUAGUAAAAUUACCAAAAAACUGAACAUAGAUUGGUGCCAAUUUUUUUCUCACCGAAAGGAAGCACUGUCCUUAUUAAAAUCAUGAAAUAAAAAAUGGGGGUCACCGUACUCUUUUUUGCGGUAGAGCUGCAGAAAGUGCGCACCAAAUGCAUUUUCCCUGAUUUUUAAGAGAGGACUGGGGCGAGUUUCAAAAUAGAAUGUAUGCGAAUUCAGGGCGGAAAAACGUAAUGAGCAUGCGUGAACUUUUUGGCCCAGAUCCCCUGGCCGGGUCUGAAAAAAUGGCGGGAUUUCAAAUAUUUUAUUGCCUAAAAAUAAAAUGUUUCCACUCAUAACCUGGAAAGAACAGGCAAUUUGUCUUCAAAAGUUGCAAGCUGUGGUUAUAACCUUGUCGUUACUUAAUUUUCUCGAAGAAUACCUCAUAGUAAAACGGACUUUAACGACAUUAAUUUCCUUGCGUUGUACUGGAAAUGUGCAUGCGUGGUCCUAUUUUUUUCAAGAUGCAUUCACGAAAUGUGUUCAUAUAAGGAAGUUCCUGGAUAUAUAAGGUCCGGAGCUCCACUGUGGACACAAAAACAACAUAUCUUUGGACAGUGAUUUGCCCAAAAAAAUUAACGCUUGCCCACAAUGUGUUUGAAGUCACUGAACUUUGUCUCACUUGAGCUGACAUUUUAAACCCUCGCUCGAUCGGACACUCGUAGUUUCGCAGAUCACUAAAAUAUAAACAAAAUCCUCAAUGUAGAAGUUAUUGCGUAGAUAUGAGGGCAGAAAAAAGGUCAAUCUUUAUCCAGUAAAAUCCUCCCAAAAAUCGGUUUCAAAGCAACUAUAGUUUUUUAAACUUGCUCGUUUCGCGCAGAUAUAUAAAUUUUGCUUUGUGUUGUCACGUUGAACACGCAUAACAUCUGUCAAAAACCAACGCGUAAGUAGGAUGUCCUUCAAACAAAGUUAAAGUUACAUUAUUUCAAAAACUUCUUGCUGACAAUGAAGAAAUGAAUUUUCUGUGCAACCUACCUAAAGAUCUUAAAAGCAAAAGAUCAGUUGCAACUUGGCAGCCAAGCCAUGAUUCACCAUUUAUCUAUUUUCAAUAAGGUUAACCGGUCCAUGCGAGGGUCUUCGUUUAAGCAAAUUAAACUCAGCCGAUCAUUAGAAAAUACAGAACAUUGCACAUAAGGGUUUGUUUUGCUCACCUCAGUCAAAUCAAGCUGCAUUAAUUGUUUACGAGAAAAGAGUCAAUUGUUUUGAAGUCACUGCCGGGAGUUAUCGUUCUCUACUUCACAGCGAGUGAAAAGGAAAAAUUGCGUACAGAAAGUUAUUCUUCAGAAAGAACAGAAACUUUCACAGUUCACUGGAAAACAAUACUAUGUAAUGAAAAAUGAAAAAACUCUGACUAUUAUUACUUGAGAAACAGAAAAAUUAUCUUGAGUAAGCUUGCUGGCCUUCUAUCUCCGAGAAAGUUUAAUAAGAGCGCAAGUUUGUUCACUCUGAUGCGUUAUAACAGCAAAAUGGUUCUUUGACUGAAGACAAAGAUAAAGCUGGUUCUGCAAAGGUAAUAAAUCUGGGCAUGUAAAAAAGUAACCGUAACUACUAACAACAGAAUACAAGCGGGUUUUAAUUCAACCCCGCAAAAUCAACUCAUAAAUUAAUCGGACGCACAAUCAGAAAAAAACUCGCCUCUUAAGAAAUGUUCAAAAACCUCUAUUCCACCUCAGACUGACGGAAUCAUCCGUUUUUCCUUUAAUAUUGGUUGUUCUGAAUCCAAAGUAAUUUUCAUGCGACGAAAAAAAAGCAAACAUGUGAAAUAAAAAUGCUUUAUAGGGAGCAAACGUUCGCACCUCGUGCAUUUCUUUCAGAACUCCAGCAACAAACAAACACAAUUGACACACAGAAAAGCCCGCCUUGAGCCUGCGAUAAGGGAUGCGCAGAAGCUUGCGCAGAACGUUUUUCCGCCCUGAAGUAUGCGAAAGGGGGAAGAAAGUAUUAAAAAAUCCGUUUUUACAGAAUUUACAUCGAGAUAUCACAUUUAGGACACAGUGUGAUAAAGAAAGCGUUUAAAUGAAAAUCAAAGUGAAUAAGCACAAAUUAAACAUCCACUAUCGAGGUUCUCCGUGAGGAAGUCGAACUCCGCAAAACGCGUACUGCUUACGUUAUGGACAUUCCCACCACAUUGAGUCUCACCUCGGCAAGAAACAACCGCAAGCAAAAAUUGCAAUAGCGUUUCUCUUCGGUCAACUUCAUUUUAAUAAUCUUACUUCACAUGCUCUUAUUUACGGCGGCCAUCUUGUUAUGCGCAGUAAGAGAUGCGCAGUGCAAAACCAGGGAAUCACCUCAAGCGACGAUUUCCUGCUUCUCAGAAGAUUUUAUGUACUGUUUGGUUUAUAUGUCUAUUUUUUUUUGUCUCAGAGUGAAAGAGAUCUAUAGUUCAUACCUGGGUUUGCUUAACUGAAAAAAAUUCGUCCAUCAGUAGAGUUUAUAUAUUUGAUGGACUUUAUCACCGCCAAGGAGGGGGAGAGCGAGCAAACAGCAAGGUGAGAAAUCAAACAGUGCCCGUUUGUAAUCCUUAUGCGCAAAUAAAUCUUCUAUCAGGCAAGGGGAAAACAGACCGAAAGAGCGGAACAGCUACAGCACAAUGGUAAUUUCCGUCACCGAAGUUACAGCCGCAGAAAUAAACCGCGAUCUUGUCUAUUCGUCCAUGAAGUGAGGGCGGUGUGUCGAUUCUGUUAUAGACCUAGCCUCGCAGUUUUAAAAAUCCUGUAUGUUGGCUAGAUCUUCGAUAAUGGUUUUGUGUUUUGGUAGAGAUUUGUAACAAUUUAAUCCCUCACGUGAAGCUUACAAAAAGAUUUGCAUACACAUAGCACACACGUCAUCCAAAUUAUUUUAAAGUCACGCUUUCAGUUUCCGCACUGGGUUAUGAAAAAUGUUUUGUUUCCAAAGGUCGUGACAAUAUUCAAACUUAUUUUUCCCGUUUAAAAUGGAACAAACUCUUCCUGGAUUUGGCGUUUCUCGUUUCACGUCAGCUUCCGCUUCGGCAUGUUUUCUCAGCCCGUUUCCCGGGAGUUGUGUUACUUGGUUGAGACGAUCUCGUAAUUCCAAGACACUUUCAACGGUUCAUAACGGAAAAAAUAUCGGGUGUAGACCCGGGUAGACCCCGAAAUUUGCAAAGAAGAAAGGUUGAAGUACUACGAUGACCAAAAAAAUCCGAUAAAACCGCUAACAGUAGCCAGCAAUGAAUCCAAGAAGAACGGCAAAAACAGCACUCAAAUCAUCAUGGCGGCUUGUACAUGACCGAGCAAUUCAAACAUGCCACAAACGCUCAAGAAAGCAAAAUAUUUUUAAAGUAACGUGACUACUAUCAAGAUAAAGUGUUCCGACAACUUUUCGCGGCCGUAUAGUGUCGAAAUUACCUACACAAGCUUGGAAUAAAACGAAAAUUUCACCAUAUACACCUCUGAAAACGGCUCUUCGCAAGCGCGAAAAUCACUCUACAAAUAACGCAUUCUAAUAGGUCGAAUCUCGUGACACAAACCGCCUGUUAUUUAACGUAGAGUUCCAGGAAUUACUUGAAAUAUUCUGAGAAACGUAUCUCUUCAAUUCACAGAAAUUUUUACCUUCAGUUGCAUUAAUUCAUACUCUUCGCUUGCAAAACGUGACUUUCUAUACGAAACAGGAUAUCCCCCGGGCUUUAAGUUUUCCUCGAGUAUUCUUUAGGUUUUCUUCCUGAAUCGAUCGACUGCGAUCGACCGCGUGGCAGGCGAUUGAAAGGGAAGGGAAAGGGAGAUUUAGGUGCGAGAGAAAAUCGAGGGGCGCGCGCCCCUCGCGUUUCGCUCGCGCCCAAAACCCCCUUUCCCUUCCCUUUCAAACGCCUGCCACCCAGGCUACGCCUUUACCGAAAGCAGGAAAGCCGAAACUUCGUCAUAUGAAAGAAUGAUUAUCAUUAAAUCAUUAGACCUUUAAUUUUCCUCCGUAUUCUAUUUCUCCACGAAAUAUUUAAUCAUGUUCGGAAAAGUCGCGGACCAAGGCUCACAUACUGUAGUGAUGGAGUUUGUUUGAUCUCUAUUGAAAAUAAUAAUAAAAAGAAUGUUUACUCGAGGAAUGUGUAGAUCUAGCUUCUUUGAUGUUUCAGGUCAUUAUUGCUUACCCUGUAGUAUCUACGGUCGCCAUCAACGACACUAAUAUAUAGAUUUAGCCAGGGCUAAAAGCGAAGCUCCCAUUAAUAAAUUUAUGAUUUAAAUCAAACAAUAAAGUUGUAAUCCACAAAUCAGUGAACUUAAUGGCACAUAUGUGACUUUUUAGGGAAAGCUAAGGCUAAGUGAUUUUAGAGUGAAAAAAAGUCCUACAUCGAAUUGUUAGCCGUAUAUAUACACCCAAAAAAUAGCAAUCAUCUUCGAUCACAUUUAAGAGCCAUAAUGGCUCUUGAUCACAGAUUAGGCUGGAAAACGAAUUCUUGGAAAACAAAUCAGGCCGAGUUUUUUGCUUUCGACAAGUUUACUUAUAAACAAAAUCUUGCCAACAACUCUGGGUGCGUGUAGACCAGCAUUUCAUACUUUUUAUACAUCACAUCUGAGGUGAAACAGGAAUAUGAGGCGCUGUUUUUAUCAUACAGACCUCAGACAAAAUGCAGUGUUUCACAAUUUUUCAAUACAAAUUGCACUCAUUCAAUGUUCAGAAUCGUAUGAAGCACGCGUGGGCUUUUAGCAAAACCGUUCCAAAAAUUUCCAAAAUCACCUAUACGGCCAGCCGGUUCUCACUUUUGACAAGCGCCAAAUUUUCAGUGAACAUUAAAAGAGUUACGCUUCAACAUAAUGAAGAAUUUAUUGUGUUUAUUUUUUUUAUUUAAUGGUUUUAUAAGGAUGUGUAAUCUUAAAAAGCGUUUGAUACGCGCGGCAUUUUGAGUACUCCUGCAAGCGAUGUUUAUGAACGACUGAAAACAAACGGCAAAGCAAUUAAAAUUGCGAGAGACCACUAACAAUCAAUAAAAGAAAUGUAAUGCGGUGAAACAUUUACAGAGACAACAAUUUUCAUUCACGAAGACAAGUAUUAAAGCAUCUCUAAGUAUCCUGAGUCUUCAAGCUUAAACUUAAAGCUUUUAGCCAGCUUCCUGGUGUUUACUGUUUUCAAAGAUGAACUCGAGGCAAGAAAAUCGCUCAAAGCUUUCUUUCUAGACCCAAAAUUAUAACUAAAUACUCUUCGGAACGUUUUUUCUUUCUAUUUGCGCAGAGAAAAUAUCGACUAAAGGCUUUUUAAAGCUCUGUAAGCUUAUAUCAAACCUCAUACUAGAUCAGAUCAUUGUCUCACAUCUUAAUACAAACGUGCAUAAACUAGCCUCAUAAACUGCGCUCGACUUCAUGAAAUUAGAUAUAAAAAAACAAACACAUACACUGUAUACAAUAAUUACUCAGGCUUACCAUUCGAGAUGCAGCUCCUGAAAGCUAUCAAGUAAGGCCAGAAUCGCUUGAGGGACUUUUCAGCCCGCAUCCAGCAAGGUGAAACACGAAAACGAUGUCAUCCGAAAUCGGAUUUCCAACUUUGACAAGCGGCGCUUUUCUCAACCAAAAAUUCAAUAAACAAACCAGCCAUGAGUAACAGAAGACUGUUGAUAGCAGCUGUAUUUCAUUUUAUGGAUCCAGUGGAAAAAGCCAGUAAAAAACAUUACAAGUUGACAAAAAAACUCUGUCAGCUUCAGCUGUCAAAGUAAACAAGUUUCAAGAUGCUGUAUAAAUUUUCUGCAUGAACUCACCUGUCAAAUUUUGACCAAUCAGAGCAUAAAAAUUAGACGGUGGUAGAGCGUGAUCAACGCGUGACUAUGGUGAGAAAAGUGAAAAGCCUCUGUCUUCCCUGCUUGUAUUUUUAAAUGACUGGCUGAAUUUUCGCGUCCGAGAUCAGUUUGAAAUCAAAAUGUUAAUAGCGCGGGGCCAUAGUGACAUUAACACAGCACUUUCUGUCAUCAUGUCAUUAUCUUGCUGCCGUUCUCUUUGCCUUUGUAUUUCUCUUUCCCUUUGCCUUUGUCAAUUCUUUCUAGCUCUGUCUCCAGUCUGCUUGCCGGCGUUUUUCACUAUAAUUUUCUCUCCUUCUUCUCGCCCUGACUCUAGGCUUUGGUAGAUUGUGCUAGCAUAAUUUUAAGCAUAAUUCAGCAAAACGAACAUUAUUUAAAGCUUUUAUUUCAGUUUAGCACUGCUGGCAUAAUCCGAGCUUUUAUACACCGUAUUCACAAAUGGCGGACACGCGGGGAAAAACUGGUGCCUAGUCAUGAAAGCGAGGCGUUGGAGGGUAAACAAAAAUUGCGAAUGAAGACUUUCAGUGAACUUGCAGAGUGUUUAGCACGGAUUCCACCGAAAAUAACUUUUAAAUACAAUGACGUGGGACGUCUUCAGCUUUUAAUGUCUAGUACUGAUUUGCUGUUUGCAAUCAAAAGAAACGCGUAUAUCUUCAAGGAAACAGGAUGAUUUCGUAGGUGCCGAAGCAGCAGAAGCUCGACAAGUGGGCGAUGGCUGGAGAAAAGCGGCAAACAUGUUGGCCCAAACUUCACUCUGAAACCGAAUACGAAAGCCAGCUCACUGCAAUUCUGUAAAACAGAAGUAAAAACAGAUAUUGGUGGCAAGAAAAAAAAGAAAUAAGCGACGGAUAUAUGGCCUACUUGUCAACGGAAGAGACCUCCACCAUUACUCAAAACAGGUCAAGUCGAGAGCGGGUGAAAGAUUCAUUCACGAGACUCAUUCAUUCAUGUCAGUGUCAUUUUACACAUAUCUAUAUAUGUCUGUAUUUACAACUUCCUUUGGAUGAUAUUAAUUCCGUCGCUUUGGAGUGAAUUGUUAGAGGUACGUUGGCAGAGCUUAGCAAAUUCAGUGCAAAUUUAAAAUCUUUUGAUUUCUUUGUCAUUGCGAAAUAAAACAAUUUUAUCAAAACUAGACGCUCUAGUGUGUGAAUCUUAUGGCUUGUUAUUUGCCUGGUCUCCUUUACGGCAUUAUCUCGGAGAACUCUUGGUAAAAAAGUGGUAUAAAGCUCACAUUUUCCUGGGUUAAACUUUUAAGGCAAUGUUUGUGUCAGGACUGAACACGGCAAGCUUCUGUUUCGAAUCAUUAAAUGCGAGUCUGGAUCCGUUUAAGAAGACCAUCAUUUUAUUUAUUUAUGUAUUCUUCACUUUUAAAAUAUUAUGGAACAUGAAGUUAAAACUCUUAACAGCCAAAGAUACGAAAUAGGAAAAUUAGUCGCUGAAAUGAAAUGUGGCCGGCUUACCGAGUCUGCCGAGUAACAAGUUGAAAUUUUGAGCGUACUUCACUCGAUCGCUCCUGCAUUUAUACCAAAAAGAUAGUUCUAAUUGAUGUCCUUCAUCGAUAAAGACCAUAGAAUAACGUCCUGGCAAACAAAAACCAAUUUGCAAACAUAACUUCAUCGAAACCUCGGUCACCGCUUCUUUCCUGUCUUUCUUUUUUCCAUCUCGAUUUGAACUGUUUUGUUCAAUGGCACACGUCUCUUGCGUUAACAAGUAGGCCAUAUAUCCAUCGCUUAUUUCUUUUUUUCUAGCCACCAAGAUUUGCAUUGUUUAUAUUUCUGUUUUACCGAAUUGCAGUGAGCUGGCUUUCGAACUCGGUUUCAAUGUGAAGUUUGGGCCAACAUGUUUGCCGCUUUUCUCCAACCAUCGCCCACUUGCCGAGCUUCUGAUGCUUCGGAAACCUACAAAAUCAUCCUGUUUCUUUGAAGAUUUACGCGUCCCUUUUGAUUGCAAACAGCAAAUCAAUACUAAACAUUAAAAGCAGAAGACAUCCCACGUAAUUGUAUUUAAAAAGAAGUCCGUACAAAGUUAUUUUAGGUGGAAUCCGUGCUAAACACUCUGCAAGUUCACUGAAAGUCUUCAUUCGCAAUUUUUGUUUACCCUCCAACGCCUCGCUUUCAUGACUAGGCACCAGUUUUUUCCCGCGUGUCCGCCAUUUGUGAAUACGGUGUAUGCGUUGAAAACAAAAAAACUUAUCAUAGCUCUAGAAUAAUUCAGUUUGUAUUUUAUUUCUGUAUUGUUUUUGGAAAUUGUUUUUAUUGAGGUCUGUGUAAAGCUAAGGCCCAUGGUGAAAUAUGGUGCGGCAGGCGGCAGAGGUCGCCCUGUGCAUAAGACUGAGACUCAGGCCACCACGCUCAUGGCGCGGCGGUUCGGCCCCUCAGAUGGCGUCGUCGUCGAGUACAUCCACUUCCACCACUUCCAGUGCCGUACCGAGAGCUUUAAUCCCUAGAGAACGUGUUCCUAAAAGUAAUACCGGAAAGUACAAGGAAAGAGGUAACUCAGAUCCAAAGAACAUGAGUCCUCGUGAUCGAAUAGAAGAAUUCCCAGGGGAAAAUUUGUGUCUUCGAGAUGGAAAACUGUUUUGCAAUGGGUGUAAGGCGAUAUUGAGCUCUAAAAAGAGCAUUUUAAAAAAACCACUUGGCUUCCAAAAAACAUGCCACAGGCAAAGAGAAGUUAAAAGUAACAAAAAAGCGAGAUCAUGUGCGCACAUGCGUAUUUGCCACGCUAAAGACCGUAAGACUGGAAGGUGGACUCUAUGAAUGUUCAUUGAAGUCAAAAUUGAUAGAGUUAAGCUACUGAUGAUCUUUAUUUUCCUUAAAAUCAGUGUAAAAUAUAAGUAGCAUAAUUUCGGUGACAGAGAGCAUAAUUUUCAGAAAGUAGCAUAAUUUUGGCAUAAUUUCUAAAAAAUAUGAGCACUGCUAAAAGCAUAAUAUGCUUUUUUUUCGAGCACAAUCUACCAAAGCCUACCUGACUCUUUCUACUUGCCGACUUUCUUCGCUAAAAUCUGUAUUCUUCUUCUACUUCUAACGCACUCUCUUUGGCGAUCGUCUUUGCUUGCUCUACGCGUGUUGACUCUUGCUCUCUGCUUAAAACCUGUCGUCUACACGCUAAAAUCUCUCUGCUGUUGUUUGUUGACAUAAUAGCUUUCGUAAGUUGUAAUAAAAAGUUAUAAAGACUCUGUUGAAAAAUCGUUUUGCUCUGAAAGUUGUUUUGAAGUUUCUUUUUUCAAAACCAGUUGCGCGAUACAAUUGCGCGACGUUGCGCCAUGAGAUUUCCCGCCAAAAAAUCUAUACUUUCCCCUACCCUAAGAGUCCAUGCGGACUACUUUCCACUACCCGGAAAGUCCGUACGGACGGACGUACGCUGACGUCAUAACCAAAAUUUCUCGGAAGGAUAGUUUACCAAAUUAUCUUAGUUAUGGUGCUCCGCCCGCGCGCGCUUCGCGAGCGCAAGGAGCUCCGCUAUAAUCACUUCAACCCACUUCCACCCAUACUUUCCCAUUAUCGUCGUUAGUAGUUAUGCUUCAGCAAAAUCAAGCCUUGUUUGUGUCGAGUUAGUGUCGAGUUAGGUCGAGGUAGGUCGAGGUGAAUCAUUGAUUUGCGUAAGGGUCGAGUCUAUGACGUCACACAUUGUUAUAACCUAGGGGAAAAGUGCCUUCUUGCAUAUUAAUUAUGUGCCUAGUCAGUAUCUAGCUAGCUAGGUAAAAAUGCGUUCCUGCAUACUAAUUUAGUGCCUUACUGCAAAUUGAUUAUGUGCUUAGUCAGUGUCUAGCUAGCUAGGUAAAAAUGAAUAGACUUGCUUAGACUUGCCCGUUAAGUAACUUUAGCCCGGUUUCUCGGACCGUCUAAUAGGAAUAAGUGGAGCUGAAAGGUCUCUAUUUCAAUUUAGCUUAUGUCUUCUUCUUAUUUGGCGCUAAAAAUUGGGCAUAUAAAAAAACACAUAUACAAAGUGGAGCUGAAAAGUCUCUAUUUCAAUUUUGCAUGACCGUAACAAAACCGUUAUCUCCUUUCUAUCUCGAGGAAAUGAAAAACUAUUAAAGUCUCAGCGUUCCACGCGCCGUUAGUCAGGUAAGUAUGCGAGUUCACAAGCCCACCGUUGCAUACAAAUUAGCUCAACAGAAAAAACCCCAAGGGAGAACCUUGACUUAUUAUCAUAAAAACAAUUAAUAACUUAACAAGGACCAAUUGAAACACGCGACUAAUAAUUGCUAGCAAUAAAACCAAACAAAAGAUUCUGUUUUAAAAACUUCAUUAAAAAACAAUGACAAAGAGAGUCAAAUACCGUCGGUUGCAUCUAAGCGUGAACACGAGACAAAAAAACAUGUUCUAAUAGGGUGCCAGACAUGACGUGUUUUGCCGCCAAACAUUUGAAGUUUGACAGCCGUUAAAGCAAACUGUCGCGUCAAAGGUAAGUUGUUUAUAUGCUUUUUAUCAGCGCGUUCCGCUCAUAUUUCAUUUUUCUCAACCUUCACGCAUAUUUCUGUCUUAAAAACAGCACACUUGCCUCCAGAAAUUAUUCUUAACGUCUAAAAAUUCUUGCAAAAAAUAUAUGUUUUUAGCAAAAACAAAUCAAGUCCACAACAACCGCCUACUCCAAUCUUCGAAUGUUUGGCGACAAAACAUGUCAUGUUUGCCCCCAAUUACAACAUGUUUUUUCCUCACGUGUACACACUUAGAUGCAACCGACGGUACACAGCUAUUUGUAAGGGAUGGAAAUUAAGUAAUCCUCUUCUUCGUUCUCCUCUUUAGAAGGGGACGGGAAAGUAAUCACAGACAUGACCCUUGCGUUUGUCUUAUCGAAAAACGAGUUGCUCCAGUAAAAAUCCUGAGGUAUUCUAUGUUUGAAUUACGACGAAAACGUUCAAAAAUUAUUCUCUUUGCUUUUAGCUUGAUUACGGGUUUGUUCACGUCUCAUGUCAGUUUUUUCAAAAUUUCAGUCAGAGGUGAAUUCAUGCGUAAGUAGUUUUGCAGCAUCCACUGAGAAAUUUGUUGACCGACGCUUAAAGCUUUAAGUAAUUUUACGUUUUUAACUUUUCUUUCUCUUUCACUGCCACUGGCUUCUUAAGAGAUUUAUAUUUCGCUUUUAAAUUUAUGAUACGUGAACUUCUUUUCAGAGGCAGGCAAAUUGCAAUACUUUUCUUUUUCUGCUUAACAGAUUUUAAGACCAUUCAAUAUCCUAGAACACCGGUUAAUGUUUAUCUUUUCAUCUGACUUUUUAUUAGACCUUUACUGGUCUGGCUCUAAACUUUAACCUUGAUGAUUGCAUGGUCCGGAAUGCAACAACAACAACAACAACAUAAGCUUUAUUUGCAUGACUAUAAUUAUGUAGUUACAGUAUUGCAAAAGCUUUUACAUAAAAAAAAAAAACAAACAAACAAACAAACAAAUCAUAACAAUGAUAAUGCAAUGCAAUAAUUACUAUAGUCAAUCAAGUGUCAUCAGCAUGAUUUGAUAACAAAUUAUUACGUAAAUCAUUACAUAAUGAGACAAAUUUCAACAAAUGUGAAUUUACGGAGAAAAUCUUAGAAUUCAUCAAUUUAAUUAAUAAUUCUGUGUAAGAUAGCAGAUUAAAGUCGACAAAAUUUUGUUGGAUUUGAUUGUAGAAUUUCUCCCUUGGGAUUAAGUAUUUUGGACAAUGAAAGAGAAAAUGAAAUUCGUCUUCAAUUAUACCAGAGUUACAAAUAGGGCAGAAUCUAUCGUGGCGGGAAGUUUGAUUAUAUCUUCCAGUUUCAAUCAUGAGUUUGUGGUUACUUAUACGAAUUUUCACUAGAUCUUUCCUAUUAGCAGAAUUUCUAAUUAAGUCUAGAUAACUUGAAAUUUUAUAAUCAUGUUUAAAUAAGCUGUAAAAUUGUAGUUUCUUAGAAUGAUGGAUUGUAUGUUGCCAAUAUGCAAUAUAUUUUUGUUUUAUUAUAUCUAUAUAGUGUUUGAUCUUAGCUUCACUUAAAUUAUUAGGAUCAAAAUCAGGGAGGUCAUAAUAUUCAGAUAUUUUCAUAAGAUUAUGAUAAAAGCUAUUUUUACCAUUACAGUAACUACAGUAACUACAGUAAGAGCACCUCUGCAUGCAUUACCGUAAUUUACUUUCCUGAAGAGGGAGAGGUGCUUUUUUUCGCUUAGUUAAGGAGGUGGAUGUUAAAAAUGAUUUUAUGUUGUGAGUGAUAUGGAACGAUGACGCUCAUUUAACAAUUAUCUCCUGUAACCACCAACUCCCUCAACCCAUGCAGUGUGCAUAAUGAACGUAGCCUAAUAGCGGGGCUCCCAGGAAAAGAGGUUGACCAUACCCAUAGAUUAUGGUCAACCUCUUUUCCUUUGGUUGUCACGUGAUUGACCGAGCGUACGCGUCUACGGAUUGUACGGGUGGGGUAGGGGAGACUAUCAAAAGGAAGGAAGGGGUGUCUCAAGCGUGUCGUGCCAAGUCCACAUCUUUUACAUUGGACAUUCACAAUAUGGUCAAUUGACAGCUGUCAAAACAGGAUAGCCACUGACCAGUAUCCCAUGACCAUAUCGCGGGUUCGUGUGUCAACUCAUUGAGGUGACGUGAUUUAUUUGGAAGCUGUCCGCUGACAAGUUAAUUAUUUUACUAGAUCGCGAUCAAUGUUCAGUCUCAUACUUUCUAGCUAGUUUGGGAUCGGAGCACAGGAAAACUGAUACACAUCUAUGUUGUGAUCCAUUGACAGCUGUCAAAACAAGGCGUCCGCUGACCAUUAUCACUUGACUGUAUCGCGGGCUCAGGUGUCGACCCAUCGAGGUCAAGUGGUUUUUUGUAGUUAUCCGCUGACAGGGUACUGGUUUUCAAAUGAUCGCAGGCUCAAGUUUAAUUUUUUUUAAAAUUCAUAUCAAAUAUGUUGUGUUUUUGUGCCGCACAAUUAAAAUUUUGGUUUCAAACUGACCUCGGACGCGAAAAUUCAGCCAGCUGCUACAGGCAGGCAAGACAGUUGCUUUUGACUUUUCUCGCCAUGUUCACGCGUUGGUCACGCUCUACGUCCAAUUUUUAUGCUCUGAUUGGUCAAAAUUUGACAGGUGAGUUCAUGCGGAAAAUUUAUGCAGCAUCUUGAAUCUUGUUUACUUUGGCAGCUGAACCUGACAGAGUUUUGUGUCAACUUGUGACGUUUUCAACUUUCUUUUUCCACUGGAUGUACAAAAUGAAAUUCAGCUGCUAUCAGGAGUCUUCUGUUACUCAUGGCUAGUUUGUUUAUUGGGUUUUUGGUUGAGUCAAAGUCGGAAAUCCGAUGUCGGAUGGCAUCGUUUUCGCUUUCAUCUUGCUUAAAACAUAAACUUCAGCUUUAAGCUCGAAGACUCAGGAUUUUUAGAGACACUUUAAUACUUGUCUUCCUGAAUGAAAAUUGUCAUCUCUGUAUAUGUUUCACCGAAUUAUAUUUCUUUUAUUGAUUGUUAGUACUCUCUCUUGUAAUUUUAAUCGUUGUGCCGAUUGUUUUCAGUCGUUCAGCAAACAACGCUUCCCGGAGUACUCAAAAUGCCGCGCGUUAAUUAAAAAAUAAACAUAAUAAAUUCGUUAUUAUGUUGGAGCGUAACUCUGUUAAUGUUCAUUCAAACACUCGCCACUGCUAGCACUGCAAAAGUCAGAACCGGCUGGCCGUAUAGAUGAUUUUGAAAUUUUUUUCAACGGUUUACGGCUAAAGUCCACGCUUGCUUCGAUCGUCCUGAAUAGCAAUUUGUAUCGCAAUUUUGCGAAAUACUGCAUUCUGUUGUCCGAGGUCUGUAAGAUAAAAACAGUGCCUCAUAGUACUGUUUCACCUCAGAUGUGAUGUAUAAAUGAUAUAAAAGGUUGGUUUACACGCACCCAGAUUUGUUGGCAAGAUUUUGUAAAAUAAACUUGGCGAAUGCAAAAAAUUCGGCCGGAAUUUUUUUUUCCAGGCCUAAUUAAUCUACGGUGAUCAAGAUCCAUUAUGGCUCUUAAUAAAUGUGAUCGAACAUGAUUGCCAGGUUUUGGGUGUACUUAUGAGGCUAUCAACUCGAUGUGAGAUUUGGUUCACUCUUGGGCUGUUUGCAAAUUAUUUUUUGUAAAAUCACUUAGCCUUCCCCUGAAAAGUCACACGAAUGCGCUCUAAAGUUCACUGAAUUGUCGAAUACAAGUUUAUUGUUUGAUUUAAAUUAUAAAUUUAUUAAUGGGAGCCUCGCUUUUAGCCCUGGCUAAAUCUAUAUAUUAGAAAUUGGGUUAAACACCAAGAUUUUUGCAGAGAUGUGUGUUCGUGUGUGGUAAGGUUAUUGAGGGGUUGGUGAUGUAGUUUGGGCAAAAAUCCUUUUCCAAGCCAGCUUGAACUGUGAUCAGCUUGAUUAUGUAUUUUUUGCCACUAAAAAUAUAAAUAUAGGGAAAAGUUAUUUGAAUUUAAGGUCUGUUUUAAGAACAUAUUUUCCUUAAAUCACGGCUUCUUACAGGUUGAUUACAGCUUGAAGGCUAACUACAGUUAUGACUUGACAAACAAGGUUACGCUCAGUAAAUAUCAACAGGUUUUUUGCGGCUUAGAGAAGUUAAGGCUAAAGAAUAAAGGAUUUCUACAUUGCCUUUUCAUAUUUUUAUGAGCGAAAGCAAUAUAACUAACUAACAAUAAAUCCUCUCUUCACACUUGGUACUUGAACACAUCUACUUUCCUUACUCUACCUUUCAACAUCCCCAGGGUAAACGUUGGACGUUUUGUUUUAAUCUUGGGUCAUAACUACAACUACAACAACAAAAACAAAAACAACAAGCCUGCUUUAUUAUCAACAGAGCGCCUAAAGGCACGUGUCUACAGCGAUAACAAAGAUUACAGUGCAACAAAUGCUAGCACAAUGAACAUAGAAUUACCUGCCAUUACGUUGGGUUUCUCCGUAUGCUACUUCUGCUGUACAAUCAAGCUUGGGAAGAAAUCCUACAACCUGCUAAAUAAAUUCAAAGCGGCGAUUUAGUCUCCUUGUCUCUCUGAAGGGACCACUGGAAACUCUUCAGGUGAAAAAGCCUAACCGGGAAAUCGUUCGAGCAGAAGUCCAAUUUUCGGGUGACUUGGGAUGCUUACCAAUUGGCCUCUCAUUCACAAGGUUCGCUGCCUCAUGGCACAUUGUUUGUAGGUGAAAGAAGAUCAUAACGCUUCCACCAACUACUACAGUAAUUACUUUCUUCAUGGACUUCACUAGAGCCUCAGAGGUGCUUUUUUUGCUAAGGAGCAUCGGCUGGAAGAAAAGCCCAUUUCAUUCCCUUUUUCGCGCUGACCGCGGUCAGCUCGUCCCAAUCUCAAGAUCUGGGCACUUUCCUAAGCUCCUCGUGGCUACUGUCAACUGAGCACCAUUAUCUGAAAUUAAGUUCACGGCGUAUUCUCGGAGUGACUCAAAUUUCCUUAAAACCAUUAAGAACUUCUCAGGGCUGUAAUCUGGCGUCAAAUUUACGAGGACUGCCCGAAUGCCAAGGUAGUUCAAGAUGACACCAUAUAUACGUCUCGCCUAUAGUUUGCUUCUGAACUUCACGUUACUGUGUGUACUAUUUUGGUUGCUUGUCAAGCGUUGGGUUGAAACAGGUUUAUUACGAACAAAGGGUACAAAAAACUAUAUCUUUGUAAUGAGAACGUAUGCCACUCAAUUUCAUUCAAUAGAAAUUCUGAUAAACUGUGGUAUGUUUCUAGUCAUUUAAAAAUAUUAAGAAAGGCUCCAGUUAUGAGAGGUAAACUAUAGAUACAAUGACAAAGUAUCAGAGGUUUGAAUUGCUUAUUUUCGCCAGUUGAAAAAAUCAGCGGCUCAGAAGAGGGAUGCAGUAGUCUAACUGAAAGAGGUGCCACUUUUAACUAUGGAAGGUACAUGAAAGGGGUAUCUUUUUUUCGUAAUGUUAUAUAAAAGGGUAAGGACGACUGGGCCUUGGUGUGGAGCCUCCCCGUAUAGCACUUUAUUGAGUACCCACCAUUAAGGGUUUUCUUUGUCAAAACAAAAAUAAUCAUGUGAGAUUCCUUUUGUAAUAUUAUUGUUCUGUUCAGUUUUGUUAAUUUUACUGUUCAGGUUUGUCAUGCAUUUAAGUAUGGAGCAAACCCAGGGGGACGUUGAUUCGAGAUUGCGCAAGCUACGAGUUACCGAGGGCUCGAUCUUUGGGAAGCCAUCCGUGCAAGAGAAGAGAAGUCAUCAGAUAAGGCUAAGGUCAUUAACAAAUUUCUUACCUUUUUCUUAGUGUAUUCAUCGUGAUCUUGCCGCAAGAAACGUCUUAGUUGCUGAAGAUAAUACCAUGAAAAUUUCAGACUUUGGUCUAUCUAGACAAGUGCAUCUAAAGGAUUAUUACAGAAAAACAACAGACGUGAGUAGUACAUAAUAUAGUUUGCUUGAAACACUUAAAAUAUUUGAUUUUCAAACUAGAGGGUACACGGCCUCAGUGAAUUUCAGUUGUAAAAUAUCACCCCCUUUUACGAAGAUAACGCAUUUUCGUAAGAGGAAAUUAAUUUUCGUAUUGCGUGUUCUUAUAUAGCUGCUAAUUAGUUAAUUUCCUUUUUUACUUAUCGUCCAUGUGGUUUUUUCAUCUCUACCAUUGUAACGGAACUUUCGGACCAUCUUUUACGGCCGGCCUUUGUGUAUUCCUCGCUGUUAUAUUGAUCAAGUUAAAUCAUUUAAAACGAAGUUAAUUUCAAAGGUUUUUAUUUUUUUUGCCUUUUUCGAACAACCACAACGUUGCACUGCCUUAUAUCAGGGUCAGCAUUUUUCUUUUUACUGAGUUUAAAACUCCCUUUUUUUCAAAAUAAUACCCUGUUUACAUGGAGGUUGCAUCCUAGGUGGUAGAGUUUUCUUUCUCCUUUCUUUCACGCAGUUCGUUGUACAUGCACGCUUCGGUGCCUCUUAGGGUAGGGUUUCCAUACCUUCUUUCUGCAAGCUAAAAACCUGACAAAUAUUUUCGUAGAUAUCAACUCGAAAGAAUGGCAGAAAACGAACCUGACAGAAAGGAUUUUAAGAAGGAGGAUCAGACAGAGGAAACCACUCGCGAGGUCAAAGUAACCGAAAAACAAGCCCAGAAAGAGAGUGCCAAAUCUGCAAUCAACAAUUUAGGCCCCCGUUGUAGAGACUUUUCAGCUCAUUAAAAAUAUUUUGAACCUGCAAGGGAAGGUACCCUAACCAUGUUCAAACUGUGCAUGAUCAAAGAACAACGGUAACUUUAAUGCCGGGAGGGAGGGUUCCCCUGACCCCUAUGGGCACCCUUCUCCCAUACAAACAGACCCUAAAUACGAUUUUAAAGAUACCAAUCUCUUUAUGUUAUUUUUGCGAUACAUUUUUUAUUAGGGACAUCUUCCAGUCAUGUGGAUGGCCGUUGAAUCCCUCUUUGAUGGCGUCUAUAAUACACAAAGUGACGUGUAAGUACCUUGAAACGUUGAUUAGUCCCUGUUAAUUAGUGAGGUAAAGAAAUGUUUUGUACUUAACCUGGUCUAAUCUAUUUUGUAGUGUCACAUAAUUUAGCCAAAUUCAGCCAAAAGGAAGCGUACAAAGCAGCUUUUCUAUUGUGCGAUAUCGUAAGCGGAUUGCAGUUGAUCUGCAGUUGGAUUGUUUGAAAGCGGUUCAGCCUAACAGUUUCUAAACAUUUUUAUCUGUUAUCUGAUGUGUAGAAGACUUGUUCUGAGGCGGCCGUGGUUUUGCCAUUUAGACAGUAAUUUCUUCGCACUGAACGUUAAAUUUCAAAGCAAAUAAGUGGUAAAACUUAAAAAAAAUGGACUAAACUGUCUCGACACACUUUAUAAACAGAGGGGAAGUUUUAAUGUGUUGUUCUUCUUUCAUCAGGUGGUCCUUUGGAAUACUUUUAUGGGAAAUGGUUACUUUUGGUACGUAAGUAACAUUUUAUAUUCACGAGGAAAUAAAGAAAAGGAACAUUUCUCAUAAGGCAUUUUCCUAAGAACAAAAAUACCCUUUCUACUUUUUUAGGGGACAAUAGUCACAAUUCAUCAAUUUCUUCUAAAUGCUUUUUUCUAGGAGGAACGCCAUAUGGUAGCGUUACUUUAGCAAACCUCUUUGAACUUUUAAAAUCUGGAUACCGAAUGGGAAAGCCACUCAGCUGUCCAGAGAUCAUGUAAGUAGCCAAACUAGCUUGAAUUAUAGUAGUGAAUACAAAGAUAACACGUCAAGAAAUGUAGAAUGAAGGAGUUAGCUGCAUGGCCCCUGCUUUCACAGCCUCGCUCUUUAGAAUAUACAUGAUAAUGUCCCGCACUUUGCAUAUCAUUAACUGGAGUAGUUGAUUCAAAAUCGUUUAUUAACUGUCUCAUUUGUUCGUUGUGAGUGCGUAGAUCUUUGUUUUUUCUCUCUCUAGAGCUUCUUCUACUUUGGAUUGUAGUCCUUCGUAGGUGACUUAGGUGCUUGCGUUGAUUCCCUUUUUCAUUUUUUCUUGCAGUUUCACUUACUCCGUUGACAAACCAUUCAUGUCCGCUAACUGACAUUUAACUGCAUUCAUGACAGUUUCUAGUUUACAAACGCUCCCUGAAAAAUGUAAAAAUAGUUCUUCUUUGUUUCGAGAUAUCCAACGCCCUGGCUUAAUUCUCCCUGUUCUAUUUCUUCAGGGUCAAUACCGUGCUGUUGUAAGAACUCAAUUCCUUCGUUCGACUGAAGAAGCUUGUAUAUUUUAUCAGGUUUUCCGUUCACAAGCCCUUUCACUUUUUCCCAAGAGUGAAAUAUCCCGGUUUAAGUGCCUUUGGCAAACGCAUAGAUCUUCUUCAGUCCCUUUGGUAUCCAUUGAAGUGCAAAAAGAGAUGAUUUUGUUAAGAUGUUGUUAAGCCUUUGAUAGAUGUUAGGCUCGGCAUAUUUGCCAUUUUCGUCAAAUAUGCUAUAUAUAUUCGCCAAAAUAGCCCCUCUCAACCCUCUGGCGAUUAUGUGAGAUUCGCCAUUUUCGUCAGAUUCUCCAUUUCUGUCAGAUAUGCCAUUCGUCAACUUCUCUACUUUACAAGGAGCGCCUCUUGUAAUCUCAUUUAAGUUUUCGCCAGCCCUCUGGCGAUUUUUCGCCAGAUUCGCCAUUUUAGUUGUGGCAUGCAUACCCAUCUACUUCUAAAAGUGGGCAAAUUUAAAAUUCAACAAAAUUUUCAAAUUCGUUUGUGUUAAAUGCUCUAAAACAAAUAGCACCACUCGAAAGUACUAUUGGGGAGGUUUCAUACCUGUAUUACCGAGGAUGGUUUCAUCAUUCAUCCUGGGAUUAAAAGGGUUAAAUAAAAAUGAUAUUCAUAACCAAUGGAAUUAAACUAGAAGAAAAUGUUAAAAAAAUCAAGCAAAGCGAGCGCUAAACGCACAGGAGUUGGGGAGGUGGGGCGGGGGUUGGUGGGAAGAGGUAGGCUCCCCGUCCAGCCCCCUUGCACUUUUUAUUGAUACUCAGUUGCGUCCAGCUAGUGCAUUAAUAAAAAAAAUAAUGUAAAACAAAAAUAGGUGCUGCAAACAGUCUAAGAGGAGGAGGAAAUAAUCCUUACUAAUCGGAGCUGAGCCGGAUGUAGCUCGUGACAUGAAAGAACCAAGAAGAAAGACAUCCAGUAGUUAUGGAAAACAUAUUGUGUGUUUUGGGUUUUUCUUGCUUCCUUAGGUAUCAGAUUAUGUUGAAAUGUUGGCAGGAGUCACCGACGCAAAGACCUACAUUUGAGGAACUGGUCAAAGAGUUCGAUGCUAUGUUGGUGUCACUAUCGGAUAAAGUUGAUUCAACACGUCAAUUGGAGGAGGUAUUAGUGGGUUUACUCGUUACUAAGUCGGCCCAAAUAGUGAGACAAAAGAUAUUUGAAGCCGAAUUUCAAUCGGAAAGUCGGUUGUCCGCAAGACAAGAGUUACCUGCAUUCAUACCAUCGGUUUAUGCGUUUAAUAGUCCAUCUUUAAGUCAGUUUAACAAUUUAAAUUCUGUAUAAUUCUUUAGGACGGAUAUAGUUGAGACCGGAAUUACAGGGUUUUUUUUCCCGGCGCAUGUUUCUUUCAUUAACGGCAAAUUAACCCAUUCUGACUCCUGAAUCAGUGGGAUUACAACCUGUACAAAUAAAUAAAUAAAUAAAUAAAUAAAUAACAAUAACAAUAAUAAUAAUAAUAAUAAUAAUAAUAACAACAAAAAGGAAAGAAAUGAGAAAAUCUGACAAAUGUCACUGACAAGUCUCAGUUUAUGUCAUUACAGCUCUGUCGUUUAGUUUACGUGACUCAUUACUUAUUACAGGAAGAACUUCAUCAAGGAGCGUCGCUUAUGAUUCCAUUGGCAACAAGAGCUUCAAAUUCCGCGUUAGUGUCGCGGCGAAACACUGGAGGAACUGGACAUGAAAUGGAGAAUGAUGGUGGGGACAAUGACAGGGUGUCCCCUGAUCAUGAUACCAACGUUAUUUGCAAUCCAUCGAUACACACGAGACAAUUAAAAAGAGACCAGAAACUCCAGAGCCCUAAGAUAGCUGGCGAUAAAAAGGAAACAAGCGAUGCCACUUUUCCUCGGUUACCAAUAGAGACCGACGUGUGACAAUAGAUUAUACAGAAGUGACGUCGAAUGUUGUUUGAUCAAUUAUGUUUUUUAGUUGCUGAACUACAACUACGUUUUCUUUUUUCAGUCGGUAAAAUUAAAGACUUUUUGGUCAAUUUUUUCAAAUGUUUUUUAGAAACGAACAUACCGAAGGCCUAAAUGUAAUAAACGACUGUUUUAUCGUAAUUCGUAAUAAUUGUAGUAAUUUAUAAUAACUGUG